AUGGCUAGUGAAAAUUCUUUCUUCCAGUAAUUCAAAGAUAGACAGGGAGAAUUGAUAGGUUACUGUAAUGAACCGCAACGCGACCGCUCCGCAAAUGAGCCAUUCUCAAUGCGGCUACGCUUUUCUAUACUGAGGAUUUUUGCACGAAAGGUUUUCUACAUGAAAAAAGUUGAAAAAACGAAUCUGGGACCAUUAAAAAAAUCUGAAACCGCAACGCGACCGCUACGCAAGCGAGCCAUUCCCUUUUUUAAUCGAAUUGCCCACCUUUGGACACUUCAGUGGAAUAGUCGGCUGUGCCGUCGUCAUCCAUAACGUGCAGAAUGAUAGGAAAAUCCGCGAAUUUAUCAUUUUUGUCACCGCGCCAAUCGAUAUUUUAACAUUCAAAUAACUGAAACAAAUCGAUUUUUUCAGGAGAUCGAUCGAAGGCGACGAAGCCGGGUGAUGAAGACAAGAACAAGGAGCCGGAGGAAUGCAAGCCGAGAAUCAGACGAGGACUUUACAACAUGAGCAUUCAUGAGGUAUCAAUCGAUUGGAAAAGGAUCAAAGAUGAAAAAUCAAUAUUAUAUUGAUUGACCCGAAAAAAUCUUUCAAAAACCUGUAGAGUGCAAAUAUUUAGAGCGUUAAGUCUCACUGUAGGAUUUCUAUGAAUUUUAACUGAGAAUGAACCAAAAAAUCUGUAAAGUGCGGACAUUUUUCAUCCUCAUUUCACUACCAAAAUUUUCUUCUACAGGAAGUGCAAUAAAAAGUCCAAAAAUCUGUAAAAUGCGAACACUUUUAGCCUAAGAUCUCACCGAAGGACCUAUAUAGUAUUUUGUACUAAAAAGUACCCAAAAAAUCUGUAAAAUGCGAACAUUUUACAUCCAAAUUUCACUAAGAAGCUUUUCUGUGGUAAUUGAACUGGAAUAACCGAAAAAAAUCUCUAAAAUGCGAAUAUUUUCAAUUCUGAAGUUUCAGGCAACAACUUCUAUAGUGAAUGUGAUAAAAAGUCCGAAAAAUCUGUAAAAUGCGAACAUGUUUAACUGGAGAUCUCACCAAAAGACCUCUAUAGUAUUUUUUAAUAAAAAGGACCCAAAAGAUCUGUAAAGUGCGAACAUUUUUCAUCCAAAUGUUACUACCAAGAUUUUCUGUAGUAAUUGAACUGGAAUACCCGAAAAAAUCUGUAAAACUCGGAUAUUUUCUAGUUCGAAGUUUCAGUCAACAACUUCUACAGUAAAUGCAAUAAAAAAGUCCGAAAAAUCUGUAAAGUGCGGACAUUUUUAGCCGAAAGUCUCAACUAACUAGGUUAACCGUAAGUGAACUGAAAACAACACAAAAAAUCAUCCCGGACCGUAGUUUGAUCAGGAAAAAGGGUGAAAAGGUGAUUUUAUCAAGCUGAAAAUAAGAAGCGUUGAUAUAAACAUCAUCUGAUAAGCGAUAAGUUUUUCGUCUCGUUUCCGUACUUUGGAACGAUAUUUUUGGUGGCUUUUCCGUAUCGUACGAGGUUAAAGUGAUAAGGUUUCCGGGCAGUAAUAUUGAAUAAUGAGUUCGGAAUUUGAAAUUACGGAGUUAGGGUAAGAAAAAGAUCCCGAUUUUUAAAUCGGGAUCUAAGAGACUUUAGGGUUACACUUGGAAAGAAAAAAAAGAAGAAGCCAGAAAAUUUUGCUCACAAUUUUCUCAGACAAUUUUAAGCUUCACCUGUGACGUUUGUAGCGGAACACUCACGUGGAACGUUUGACGUAGCGAAAGGGAAAAAAAAAACUUACCUUGUGCCAAAACCUUAUUUGUUUCCGGCUUAAACUUUCGUCUUUCACCUUUUUUUUUUCUGCUUGGGAGAACAAAAAGAUGUUGAGAAACGGUCUAGUUGAGGGAACGAAAUUUGGACUUUUUUAAGAAAAAAAUUUGGGAAAAGUUAUUCUUUUUUAGAAUGUUCUCAAUGAAACAGGGGACACUUCCGAGAAAAAAAUGGCAGAAAAAUUUGGGAAAAAAAUUAUUCUUUUUUUAGAAUGUUUUUCAAUGAAACAGGGGACGCUUCAAGGAGGAAAAAUCUAGAUUUUUAAAGAUUUUUCUUCAUUUUCAGUUGUUUUGAGGACUUUGGGUAGCUCUAAAAAACUUGAAGAUCAGUAGGAAAAUGUGAUUUUUCUGAAAAUUAACUGGAAAAUUAACUCAGGCUAUCUUUCCAUACCCUUUUUAGGCUUGAAAAAAACGCAAAAAAACAGAAAUGAUUUUCUAUAAGACAACUUUAUAAAUAAUCAACAGAAAAAUUGGACGAAAAUGACCAAUUUCCAGGAUUCAAACGCUCAAAAAAUGCUUCGAAAUGACUCAUUUUCCGAGUAAAUCAACAGAAAAAGGUGGAUAAAUCAAGUUUCCUCCAAUCCGAAGAAAAGUGAACCAAAAUGACCCUUUACAGCAAUUUCGCAGCUCUUAAAAUGCUUCGAAAUGACUCAUUUUUCAAGUAAAUCAACAGAAAAAAGGCGGAGAAAUCAAGUUUCUUUCAAUCCACAGAAAAAUGGACCAAAAUGACCGAUUUCCACGAUUUAAAAGCUGAAAAAAGCUUUAAAAUGACUCAUUUUUCAAGAAAACCAACUGAAAAAAAGGCCGAGAAAUCAAGUUUCUCCCAACCCACAGAAAACGACCAAAAUGACCCUCUACAGUCAUUUCAAAGCUUUUAAAAUGCUCCGAAAUGACUCAUUUUUCAUGUAAAUCAACAAAAAAAGAAUCAAGUUUGCGCCAACGCAAUCCACGCCUGACUAAUCUCUCUACUCGGACAUUGGUAACACGAAACGGACGUGCUCCGGACGUUUCUGGGCGAUUCUAGAGAUCACUUAAGAGUUCUGAGGCUACUAAAGGGGUCACUAGAAAUGCCCCGACACGUCCGAUUCGCGUCCCGUUCGCGUUACCAAGGUCUGAGUAUAUAUAUUCUUUGACUGGACUAUAAAAAAUUGAGAGGCAAUCAACUGAAAAAAGGAGGUUGAGUGCUCUUUUCAAGGUCCAAAUUUGGACCUGGCUUAAAAUAGAAAAUUUUUGAAAUUGGGUAAAGUGGCGAAAUUUGAGAAGAUAUAAUGUCGGUUUUUGAGAGGAAUUUUUUUCUAAUUUUACAGAUUUAUGGUUUUUUUAAAACUUCGUUGCCUUUAUCGAGGCCUAAAGAAUAAAAAAAUGAUCGCUUUUUAUAGAUUUUUGGAUUUUUUUUCAGUCAAAUCAUUGAAGAACUCCUUCAUUGAAACUUUGUGAUGAAAUUUUUUUCGAAUUUCGGAUUUUUUUGACCAAUUUUCGUCUGAGAAGGGCAUACACCUGUCUAAUGGCUUUUUUUGGAUUUUUUUCAUUUUUUUUGAAGCGAUAAAAUCAAAAACGGUCGUAUUUUACAGAUUUUUGAAUUUUUCCUUUUCAAUUACUGCAGUAGUCCUUCAUUGAGAUUUUGUGAUGAAAUUUGUCCGAAUUUCAGAUUUUCACGUGGAUUUUUUUUUUUGGAAAACGGUCGCAUUUUACAGAUUUUUAAAUCUUCAAGUACAAAAGGUCUUUCGAUUAUCAAGAAGAAUAUAUCCUUUUUUUGAAAAAGAACCGAAUUUUUUUGAAUUUUUUUCAGAUAUUGAAAGGUUAUAUUAGUCCAGCAAGUCUAUAAAAAUCGAAAAAAAUUUGAAUUUUUUCAUUUUUCAACAAUGAAAUACUGUAGUGAAACUCAAGUUUUCAGCUUUAGAAACGAGAAAAAAAAAAGAAAUCAUUGAAAAGGGUCAAAGUUUGCUCAUUUCAUUCACACAUACGUAGCCGCGGGAGCCGCCCUAGUAGGUCAAUAGAAAAAGAAAAAAGUUGCGAUAAACUUGGGACAAUGGAAGAAAAAGUAGAAGAAACGUUUGCACUGAGUCACUUUUUUUCCGGCUUGUGACGAAAUCCAAAGAAUUGUUGGGGCGGAAGUGCACAAAUAUGGACUUUUUUAUUUAUUGUGUUCGUCAUUUUGAGUAGGGAGGGGAAUUGGUGGACGAAAAUUGGGGGAAACCUCAGGGUUGUUCGAAGAAAAAUAAUUGUUUGAGAAAGGGAUUAGACACAUGUACAUUUGUUGUACAUAGACACAGGUCCGGUGUGAAAAAAGCGGCUUUUUGUUCUGGAUUUUUCUGGAAAGAGGAAAAGGACAAUGAAGCAAAAGCCGAAAAAAUGAUACUUUUCUAUGCGUAACUGCGCGAGUCGUUUUGGGUCGGGCGCACUUUAAAAUAGCCCCAUCCUAUCUAGAUAAUCAUCAUCAAAAAAAAAAUCUAUAGAUCAAUUUUAAAUGGAUUGGAGCAAGGAUGGGGCUAUUUUAAAGUGCGCCCGACUUGAAACGACUUGCGCAGUUAUACAUAGAAAGUAUCAUUUUUUCGGCUUUUGCUUCAUUGUCCUUUUCCUCUUUCCAGAAAAAUCCAGAACAAAAAGCCGCUUUUUUCACACCGGACCUGUGUCUAUGUACAACAAACCUUUUUUGAAUUCGUCUUGGCUAGGACCUUCCAAACCCCCUUUUCUGCAGGGAAGCGUCGUGGAGAUGAUCGUCUGCGCGACCGGAGUCCCAACACCGACGGUGAAAUGGUACAAGGACGGCCAGGAGAUCAUCAGCGACGGCCCCGACGGCAAACGCGUCAUCUUCACCGACGAACGCGGCAUCCAUCAUCUGGUCAUCGUCAACUCGUACGUCCUUGUUGAUCAUCUUCAGCUCAUUCAGCCCUUUUUCAGAGCCCCAGAAGACGAGGGCGAGUACAGCCUGGAAGCCACCAACAAGCUCGGAUCGGCAAAGACUGAAGGAUCCCUGAACGUCAUCCGACCAAGACAUGCUGGCCUCGGUGGAGAUAAUGACCGGUAGGGAAUCAAAAAAUAGCCCGAAUAGAUGCAGCUUAUUUGCUCUAUUGAUAAUCAAACUUUUUCCAGCGGCGGCAUGCCAUUCCCGCCCGGAUUCGUCCGCCAACUCAAGAACAAGCACGUCUUCAACCACAUGCCGACCAUCUUCGACUGCCUCGUCGUCGGACAUCCGGCUCCAGAUGUCGAAUGGUUCCACAACGGCAAGAAGAUCGUCCCGGGCGGCCGGAUCAAGAUCCAAUCGUGUGGCGGCGGAUCGCACGCCCUGAUCAUCCUCGACACGACGAUGGACGACGCUGGAGAGUAUGUCGCCGUCGCGAAGAACAGCCACGGCACCGCCUCGUCUUCCGCCGUCUUAGACGUCACUGGUGAGGAUUCAGAAGGGGGAAAUGUCACUAUAAGGACAGUAGAAACUUUAGGGAAGCUUGAACGUUCUUUGAAUGUCAUUUUUCUCAGCCUAAACGGUCCCCUACAGCACUUGCUUCUUGUGAAAGCGUUCUCUAGAGAAGGCUCUAGUGACCACUUAAGGGGUCCGCCAAGGACUUCUUGGAGAGAACACUAAAGUGGUCACUUUCAGAGAGACCAACUUAGUAGUAUCGUAGUACCCCGUAGACUUUUUAAAAGGCCCGUUUUAGCCACUUAAGUGGCCACUUAUUCGACUAAUUCAAAAUGACGCUAAAGUGGUCACUAAACCCACCUUUAUAGAGGCCAGUAUUCUGCAUCUUAGCGGUCUAAAGUACCACGCAGACUCCUAAAGAGGCCCCUAAUUUUUGCCACUUAAGAGGCCACUUAUUCGACUAAUUGAAAAGGACACUAAAGUGGUCACUUAAACCGCCUUUGUAGAAGCCAAUAUUAUUCGUCGUAGUGGUUUAGUAGUACCACGUAGACUUCUAAAGAGUCCACUAAAAUUUAGCCACUUAAGUGGCCACUAACUCGACGGCUACAGUAGCCAUUAAAACUUCAAAACCCUCAAGUGACCUCUAGACAUUUCCCAGUUUGGCGCUAAUUUUAAAAUUGUCGCAUUUUUGAAUCUAGCUAAGCUUUCUUGUUGACAAAAUCCAUUGUUAACCCCAAAAAAUUUAAAAAAUGCGAUGAUGUCUGAAUUUUCGCUCGAAUUCGACAGGGAAAAGGUUCAAAAAAUCACAUUUUUCCAGUUCCAUUCCUCGACAACAUCAAAUUCAACGGAGAGAUCGACGUGACGCCCUACCUCACCGAAGAAUACGGAUUCAAGAAGCUCAACUAUGCCAGUAAGUCUUGAAAUUCGCACUCCAAAACCUAAAAAAUCCCAUUUCCAGGCCUCCCAACGCCACCCGACCGUGGUCCGUUCAUCAAGGAGGUCACCGGCCAUUAUUUGACCCUCUCGUGGAUCCCGACCAAACGCGCUCCACCGCGAUACCCUCAAGUGACCUACGUCAUCGAAAUUCGAGAGCUUCCCGAGAAGGAGUGGACCUUGGUGGGUUUGGGAGAGAAGGGUUUUGAAAAAAAAAUACCUGAAAAUCUAGGAUUUGUUAUGAAAGUUGGUCAAGUAAGGUUUGUUGUAAGUUAAUAAAAAAGUACUCGAAAAAUUCAAAAAUCCCUUUUUUUUGGUCUUUUCUGUUUGUUCUAACUUGAAAGCCAUGGUCGCACUUGGAAUGGCUCGAUUGGCCCGACCUGAAACGACUUUCGCUCCUUGGUACCAUAGAACUCUUAAAAUAAGGAAGAGACUUCCAAGAUUUGAGCCAUUCCAAGUGCGAGCAGGUCAAUGAAAAUUGGAAAUCCUCUAGGGUAAUUUCAUAAUUUUCAGAUAGCGAUACAUGGAAAUUUUAGUUCUGAGCUUUAAAAUCAAAUUUUGAAGGUUUGGAAUAAUUUUAGAAAUGGUAAAAAAAAAUGAGCAUUUUCGAUACAAAUUCUUCUCAUUUUUUGACGUUUUUUGGCUCAAUUUGGAAUUUUUUAGUUCAGAAAUCAUUUUCAAAGGUUCCUUUUCAGCUGGACUACAACAUCCCGGAACCAGUUUGCAAGGUCCGAAACUUGGAACUCGGCAAAUCCUACCAAUUCCGGGUCAGAGCCGAAAAAUAUCUAUGGUAUUUCUGACCCAUCGCCGGCUUCUCCUCCUUCUAGGUUUAUUGAAAAAUCAAAAAAAUCAUAUAAAUUGGUCAAAUUCAGAUUAAUGGCCCCACCACAGCCAGUCUUCGACAAACGAACCAACAAAGUCAUCCCGCUUCUUGAUCCCUACGCAGAAAGAGCUCUGGAUCUUCGUCAUGCUGAACAAUAUGGUUUUUUAACUUUAAAAACAACGAAAUUUGAAGAAAAUGACACUUGAAGAGCUUCAAAACAUCUCCAAAAACAAUAUAGGUAUCUUAAAAAAAGCAAAAAAAGAAAUGCCCCGAACCAGGAUCGAACUGGUGACCUUUAGAUCUUCAGUCUAACGCUCUCCCAACUGAGCUAUCGAGGCUGAUGAACGCCUCGGCUCAGUUUGGCGUCAAUAGCGGCCUGGUUUUGGAUAGUUUUCAAAGAGUAGGAUAUAUUAAAACACAAAAAAACAUCAGUUUUUUUAAAAAAAUAAAGGGUUUUUAGAAUUGGAGAUAAAAAUAAUAGUAUAAUUUUUUUAAUAAGUAAAUUAUUUCUGGAAAUUAUUUUUCAAGUUUUUUUAAAAGAUUUCGAUUUUUAAAAAUGUUUUUGCAACGAUUUAUAUGUUCUAUUUUUUUCUUAGAUCAAGUUUUUUUAAAUUUCAAAGCUUUUUUUAUAUCCUGAGAUAAAUUUAACUUCCAUCGAGUUUAAAGUGAGAAAUUAUCACUCUUAAAAAAUUGAAAUGUCCUUUUUGACCAUCAAAUAUCUUGAAAAAAGCAAUUUAUUCAAUUUCCAAGCUUCAAAAAAUCUUUAAAACCAUAUGAAACACAAAUAGCUUCUAUAAAAAAAAGCAAAAAAGAAAUGCCCCGAACCAGGAUCGAACUGGUGACCUUUAGAUCUUCAGUCUAACGCUCUCCCAACUGAGCUAUCGAGGCGCGUGACAUGCCUUGCGCGGAAAACCAACAAACCACCUCUCUGAAUUUGCAGCGUGCGCUCCGUGGUUCGCGCCAGGUGUGACCGAAAAGAGAUAUUGUGCCGAAAACGACACCCUGACCAUCAUUUUGAACGUUUCCGGCUACCCUGAUCCGGAUAUCAAGUGGAAAUUCCGAGGUUUUGAAUUGGAAAGGCUUGGGAUGGGAAAAUGAUCGCUUUUUAAAGGCUGGGACAUUGACACGACGAGUCCGACGUCCAAGUGCAAGGUCUACACGUACGGAGGCACUGAAACCACUUUGACCAUCACCGGAUUCAGCAAGGUGAUUUUAAUAAUAAUUAUCAUCGUAAUAGGUUUUCUCAGAAAGUUUCUAUGUUACUGAAGUUUGAGUUUUUUUUUUUUGAUUUUGUUUCAAAAAGUAGAUUUUUGUUAUAGGAAGAACUAGUUUCAGUAGUUUUUCAACAUAAUAAAAAGAAUAAAAAAAGUUGAAAUUUAACUAGAUUUCGAUUAUUUUGUUAAGCGAUUCUUGUUCCCUAGUUCCUUUUGAACAUACGUUUCAAGAUUCGUAUAAAAAUUAAGAAUUUUACUUGUUAAGUUAAUAAGUCUUUUGUUGGCAUAAUAAAAUUUGGUUCGAAUGUAAAAAACGACCGCAUUUGGAAUGGCUCGACGCGGUCGCGUUGAAUUUUUUGAAAUUUGAAAGUAGAUUUGAGCUUUUUCUGUUGAAGUUUUUUUGAUAGUUAUUAGUUACCAAGUUAUCAAAUGAAUUAUCGUACCUCUUGGCCGCAUUUGGAAUGGCUUAAAGCGUUGCUUUUCGAAAAAUAAACGAUUUUUCCAGGACAACGUUGGACAAUACCAAUGCGUUGCGACCAACGAAUACGGUGAUGCCCAGCAAAAUAUCAUGGUCGAUAUUGCCAGUGAGUAUAACUUCUCUGUAAAAUGCGAACACUUUUUCCCCAUGCAGCCCGACCCAACUUCAUCCAGCCCUUGGUCAACAAAACCUUCUCAUCGGCUCAUCCGAUGCGGUUAGAUGUGCGAGUCGAAGGACAGCCAUUCCCUGAGCUCAAGUGGAUGAAGGUGAAAGGAAGAAAAUGUUGUCUUGAGCUUGAUUUGUGAAAAAAAAAAUGAGCUUGAAAUGAUCAGGGAGAUGGAAAUUAACAAAGAUAUUCAUGAUUAUUGAUCCAUGUCCACUUUAGUAGCUCCAGCCCUCUUAAGUGAUCUCUAGAAACGCCCAGAAAUGUCCGGAGCACGUCCGUUUCGCACUACCAAUGUAUGUAUGCAAAACAGACGUGUCCGGGUAUCUCUAGUGACCACUUUAGUGGUGUCAUCGCUCUUAAGUGAUCCCUUGAAUCGCUCAAAGACGUUCGGAGUUCGGCCGUUUGCGUUAGCAACGUCCAGGCGUUUCUAGUGACCCCUUUAGUAGCCUCAUCCCUCUUGAGUGGUCCCUAGAAAUGCCCAGAAAAAAACCAAAUAAUCGCGUUACCGAGGUCCGAUUUGAAUGAAAAUUGUCCAUGGAGCGCAAAUGUUAAGUUUUUCGCGGCUAUUUUUGUCACAGUUUUUUUUUUCUCGGUUGAAUUUCUAGUAAGAAGCCAACAUGAAGAACUUCAAUCAACCAAUUUCCUCCUCUCAGGAAUGGCGGCCGAUCGUCGAGUCGUCCAGGGUGAAGUUCGUCCAGGACGGCCCCUACCUGUGCUCCCUGAUCGUCAACGAUCCGAUGUGGCGCGACAGCGGAAUCUACUCCUGUGUCGCCAUAAACGACGCCGGCCAGGCGACCUCCUCCUGCACCGUCACCGUUGAAGGUACCUCUUUAGGGAAAACUAUUGGUCGCAUUUGAAAUGGCUCUCCGCAUUUUUCAAGCGGUUCUUUUCCGGUUUUUCUCUUUGUUCAGUUCUUAUUUGAUUAGAACUGACUAUUCUGAAAGCUAGAAACCUUUAGAAGGUUGAAAAAUCGUUGGUCGCAUUUGGAAUGGCUCAGAGUGCGUCGCGGCCCUAAUUUAUGCGUUGAGGCUCUCUCCAUGCGACUGGCUUUCCAUUCAAAAAAUUUGUAAGCCUCAAAUUUUCGAUUUUCCAGCCGACGGCGACUACAACGACGUGGAAAUCCCCAGAAGACGUGUCCCAAUCGAAUCGCGACGCGUCAAAGAGCUCUACGAGAUCUCUGAGAACGAAGAAAAGUAAUCAAAUCAAAUCUUAUAUUUUUCCAGCUCCUUUUUUGCCCACCCACACACACUUUUGUCAUAUAUUUCCUCGUUUUUUCCGUUUUUUUCAAGCCAAAUUGGUCGAAAAUCGGACCAAUUUGACUCUAUAUGUCUAUAUGUCAGCAAAAAACCCAACCGAAACACGUUGUUUUUGGUUUUUUCAACGGUUCGGGUUAUAUGUCUAUUGCUACAGUAGUCCAAAAAUUACUGUAGUAUGAAAAUUCAGUUGAUUCCAGUGCCCAGGAAUGAGCUGUUUUCUCGGAUUACGGUGCGCAUUUUCUUACUGUAGAUUUAGGGAUUGAGGAUUACUGUAUGAUUUGGAACGAGAAGUUACUGUAGGUUUUGUCAAGCAGUUACGGUAGAAAUGAAAAAAAAGCUCAGAACAAUCUAGGUUACAGUAGCCUUGUAGAAGUUAACAGUCGAUUCCAGUGCCCAGGGAUUACUGUAUCUUUUUUGAGGUUACUGUAGACCUUGGUUGAGAUGAUGUUUGAAGCUUUUAGAUACCUCUCUUUCACUGCAACGAUAUUUGAAGUGCUUUAAAGAAUACAGUAACCUACAAUUUUGUAGGUUACCGUAUUUUUCAAACAAGGAAUGCGCACCAGAUUACUGUAGCAAAAUUUUAUGUUCUUUUUUUCUUCAUCCGGUUCUCUUCUUCCACCACCCAGGUUACUGUUUCCCAAAGGCUAUUUUUUCUCAAAUGAUUUUUGCUCAUCGGUGAAAAAUCCGGUUAACUUUGCCACACGCCCCUCCCAGUGCUCCAGCCAAACGUUUUUCAGUUUUUAAUUUCGCUUAGUUUCAUAUAUUAUUGUAUUUAAAUUGUAUUCUUUUUUUUCUUCAUUUCGCUAGCCUUGUGAUUCAUUCGAUUGUACCCAAACUUCUCGAAAAAGAAUUUUUUUUAAUGUGCUUUCCCGCCGUUUUUGGACCGCCCGGCCGCGUGUCCUGAAAUGGCAGAAGAAUAAAAAAUUGCUCUUCAUUCAUCGGAUUUGUACUUAAUUAACACGUAAAUCCCUUUGUCCACGUCGGGUCCGCGUAUUUGAUUAACCACGCUUUUUCUUUAAGAAAAAGCGCCAGCACUCGAUUUGCGCCAAGCAACCAAUUCGACUGGCGCAAAUCGCGUGCAUGUCCACUUGUUCGUGUCGGUGGCUUAUCGAGAAUGGCGGAAAUGAGUGACGUCCGGAAAAUGGCUCUCUUCCCGAGUUUUUACUCCGAAAAAGGUAUAACAACCCGGAAAAAGUAAGUGUUUUCUCUCCAUUUGUGUGCUUUUGUGUGUUGGAUUUUUUGCUUGAUUUUCGUGAUUUUUUUUCAGGUUUCAUUUUCCAAACUGCAUGGCACGAAAAUGAAGCAAAAAAUUGGGACAUGGAAGCAUAUGAAUGGGAGGGAAAAGUUACUUGAAAAUGAGGAAAAGCUCGGGAAGAAGCUUCCUGCAAGAUACCACCAAGUGAAAACUUAAGCGAAAAUAUUUUCGAAUAUAGUCGUGUCCUUGUCGGAAUUAGUUGAUUUAGAAUUCUUACCUUUGGAAUCUCAUUCUCUCUUUUAUUUUUAUUAUCUAUCUUUUUUGAAUUGUAAUACCAUUUUUUGAGCAAGGUAAGUGAUUUCUAGGUUCUGUUUUGAGCCAUUUUGGAUCAUUUUUCUAUCAUUUUAAAGCCCAUUUUGAAGCUGUAGGUGCCUAAAAGCCUUGAAAGAUUUUUAAGACGUUUAAGAACCUCAGGAACGACUGUAGUGGUGGUAUUUUGCAGGAAGGCCGCUAGUGGAGCCCCUUUUACGGUCACCGAAAGGUCGACCGGAAAGGAGUUCCUGGCGCAACUCAAGCCGAUCGAUGAGGCCCUGAAACGAGCCGUGGACAUGCACAACAGUCUGGAUCACAUCGGGGUCGUUCAGUUCCAUCAGGUCGUUCGGGAUCAGCAACUCGCCCUUGUCGUCUUCGAGGAGUUGGUUUUGACUUGAUUUUUCUUCCAAGGGGGUCUGAAACAUAGGGGAGAUAUUCGAUAAGAAUAAUGAAAGGGAAAUCGAAUAGAAAAUCAAAUAAGAGCUCGAAAUUUUAACUAGAACUGGGAAAAUCUUGAAGUGUAGUCCUCAAUAGGAAGGUAAUUUACCUUGAAACCUGGAAUUUUUGGAGAAUUUGCCCAAAAAUUCUUGAUUCUGGGAAAAUAUGGAGGCUCGCCAAGGACUACUUGGAGAGGACACUAAAGUGGCCACUAAACCCACCACUAUUUCCGGUUUAAGGGGCCACUAUAGAGGUUCUCUUUUUAGUGGCCACUUCAGUACUUUUUCAUCCAGCAUUCCUUCCAGUAACUCUGAUAAUUUUUAAACAAAAAGAUUGGACCAGUUAUGUUGAUCCAUUGACCCCUAAAGUGGCCACUAAAAGAUUUUGUGGUCUAGAGCAUUUAGACCUUUAUAGUGGCCCGUAAUUUUUAACCCUUCAAGUGGCCACUAAUUUGACUACUAUAGUGGCCACUAAAACGUCGAAACCCUAAAGGGGCCACUAAAAAUUUUUCCCAUAGAUGGUUGUCCCAAAAAAUUGGUUUUGCCUGAAAUUUCUUCAAAAGAAGAUCGAAACAAAGGUAAUAUAUUGAACAAUAAGGAUAGAACUUGAAAAAUCGGUUAAAAGUUCGAAUCGUAGCUCAAAAUUUCAACUAGAAUUGGGAAAAGCUCAAAUUUUCGUCCUCAUUAGGAAGAUUGACUUUUUUUUUUUGACUCGAAAGUUUUCUGAAAUUUUGCUCAAAUGCUUCUUUAGGUACUGAGAGACUCAGAAAAGAUUUUUUCACCUUGGAAUUUUGCUUAAUUCAGUCAAAAAACGACUUGAAGCUUAAAAUUUCAACUAGGACUUGGAAAAGCUUGAAGUUUAGGAAGGUGGCUUUUUUUUUGAUUCUGGGAUAUUCUGAAAUUUUGUUCAAAUACUCUUUGAGGUACUUUCAAUCUUCUGAAAGUUGGCUUUACCUUGAUUUUCUCUGAAUCGAGUCAAAAAUCGGCUAAGAGCUCUAAAUUUCACCUGGAACUGUGAAAAGCUUGAAGUCUAGUCCUUAUUAGGAAGGUGAUUCACCUAGAACUCUAAAAUAAAUUUUGAAAGUUUGCCCUUGAUGUAUUGGUACUCUUAAAAAAGUUGGUUUUAUCCUGAUUCUCUUCGAAUUUGAUAUCAAGCGUGUUCUUGAAAAGUUUAAAAAAGAAAUGAUUCGAAAUAAGCUCUUGAUAAAUUAUUUGAAACACCAUGGUCGCACUUGGAAUGGCUCUACGCGUCGCAGUCGCGUUGCGGUUAGAUUAAAGCCUGCAGAUGAUAUUUAUUGAUCCUCAAUGCGCAAGUAGUUUGGGUCCGACACGCCUUGAGCCAUUCUAAAUGCGACAAGGUCUUUAAAAAGCUCGGAGAAGUAGAAUAUGAACUAAUUUAUAAUUUUGAGCUGAGAAAACGAUUCAGAACAAGAGAACAUCGAAAAAUAAUGAAUAAGGUACUAGAAAAUCGAAAUUGAAGGUUGUUACACCCAAAGAAUGAGUUAAAUCUAUGAGAAUUAGACAUUUUCAGCGUUUCUUUUGUAUUGCGCUUCAAAAAAAACAUAGAAAAAUAAUAGAACAAUCUGGAGAAAAUAGAAGAUGAAGAAGCAACUGCGCUUUCCGAUCGUUGAGGAAGAACGAAUGGAGCUGAAUCCAAUCGGAAAAUCAAAUGGCGGUCCUCCGAAGUAACGAAACAGAUGUCACUGCGCGGCCCCUUCGAAAAACUCAAAAAUUCCCAAGAUUUCCCAUCUUUUUGCUAUGAUUCGCCCACAUGCCGUUUUAUUAUCCGUCGAGUGCGAUUUUCCAAAGUUUGUGGUUUUUUUUUUGAUUUAUGGGGUUAGAGAUGAAAAAUAUGACGGUUCAUAUAUUUGAAAAUGUACUUUCAGGCUUGUAGUGGUCAGAAAGGUUAUGAGAAAUAAUCGAAAAAGAAAUUUUUCUUGUUUUUAAAUCUAAAAAUUGGUUACAGACGGAAUGCUAGGUGGUCCAUGAGGCUGAAUUGAAAAAAAUGAAGUAGAAAAAUUGGAAAAAAAUAUUAAUUUUGUGAUUUUUAGUAUGAAUUUCAGAAGGGCUUCCGCUAUUUUUUUCGAUCGAAAAAAAUUUUUUUUUCUGAAAUUUUUGGGAUUGGUUAACGUAAAGAUGGAUUUUCAUGAGAUCAUUCAAAGAAGAACUCCGAAAAAUAAAAAAAUAAUCUUGAAUUUAUUUAUUUUUUGUACAUGAUUCUCGAGCAUUAGAAAGAUUUGUGGGGUUUUUUUUUUGAAGGUUUUUUUCUGAAAGUUUUUUCGGAGCUUUCUUGAAGCUUCGAUCCUCAUAAAUUUCAAAUAUUUUGAAGAUUUUUUCAAAAAUUUCUUCCGAUCCAAACAAAAUUUCCCAAGAGCCCCUUUUUCAGUCACAAUUAUUAAAAAGAUUGAUAGAAUUUUUCCUCCAGCUUGAAAUUUUGACCCUAUGUUCUAUAGGUUUCAGUUAUUAUUAUUUGAAGAUUUCGAGAAAAAAUUUGAAAAAUCUUCGAUUCAAAUAAAAUACGACAACAGCCACCUUUCUGUCAAAACGGAAAAAGUUAUAGUCCUCUUUUUCCUUCUUCUUCUUUUUUUUUCGUCUUGAGCCCUCAGUUUUACUGCCGCUGGCCCGGACCAGCUGCGGACGGAGCCCCCAUUUUACACAACAUCUAUCUUUUUUCCACUGCCGAAUGAGCCUGGCCGUCAAGCAAAACGGGUUUUCUGAACCCAUCUAUACACUCUGUAAUGACUCCACCUGAGCUUUCCCUUUAUUGAUCGCUAUUUUGUUCUCUAUUUAUUUGAUAUUCGACUAAAAACGGGAUUAAAAUGGUACGACGGGUUCCUGAGAUUUUGGUCCUUAAGGACAUGUGAGUUUUUGAAAGAAAAAUACCUUCUCUUGGUUGAAAAUAAUUGAAAUAAUAUGAAAAUGCUUUUUAACCUUCGUUUAUCUAUAUUCAGAUAAGCUAAGCGGAAAAAUAAACCAUAAUUUAUAAAGUUGAGAGAAAAUUAAAUUGAGCGGGAAGUGGAGUUUACUGUGCACAGUUGCGUACACUGUACUGCACCAUCUCGUAAAUCGCUUCACGAGUUUUGAAAUUUUUUUCGUUUUUCUUUUUUUUUCUUUCAUUUGUUGUUGUUUUCUGGUUUUUGAAUCAUCAAGUAGGUUCAAAAUACUUUGAGUAGUCAUUUUUUUAAAAAGGUAAUAUGUGGGAAUAAAUUUAUAGAAUGUGGAAAUUCGUCAAAUUCAAUAAACACUGUUUUUUUGAAUUGAAUUGAAUGAACUUUCAUGAAGUUUUUUUCUAUUUUUUUCGUGUUUUCUAUGUUCUUAUCAAUUGAAAAAAGAUAGGUAGUUUUGCUGAAUUACAUUGAUUCAAAGCAAAAAAGUAAGAAAUGAACUCAAAACUAGGGAAAGUUUAUUUUAUUUAAAUAAGGGGAAAGUUUUGAACUGCUUCUUUAUUUCUUGAAUUUUUCUGGGGUUUCGUAGUUUUGAGUUUUCGAAGAUGAAACGUUCUAAACUAAGAUUUCUCAUAAUAAUUCACUUCAAAUUAACUUUCUUAUUUUGUUAAUAGUUUUUUAAUUGCUUUUACAGUGCGAAUUCAACAAUCGAUGGCCUCUCCUCGCUGGCCCAUCCAGGUGUCGAAAUUUCCGAUCCGAAAGGACAGGAUCGCGAAAAGUUGGUCCGAAUUUUUGUCAGGUAUUGUUUCAUCUCAUUUCUUUAUUGUUUCUAGUUCAAUUUAUCGAUUUGAAGUCAUUGAAAUUUCGAAAAAUUAUUAUUUUUCAGACAACUCCUCCUUGCCCUUAAACACAUGCACGACAAUCGGAUCGCCCAUUUGGAUUUGAGACCCGAAUCGAUUCUUUUGAAUGAUAAUCGAUUGAAAUUGGCCGAUUUCGGGCAAUCGAGGUACAAAAAGGGAUAGAAUCGGGCAGAACGGAAAAGCUUUUUUUGAAAAAAGAUUCAUUAAAGAUUUUUUUUCACAUCCUUCUUUAAAAAAUGUUGAAAGGCAACUUUUUCACACCUUUUUUUUGAGCUGAGGAUCUUCAAAGGAACUCCAAAGUGGUCCCUAUAGGGGAAACCUGAGCGACCCCUCUAGGAACCACUUUAAUAACUCUUUUAGGGGCCACUGAAGUUUGCAAGAGUGGUCCCUAUAGGGGAAAUGCUAGUGUAUCAUUUUUACGAACUCUAUGCGAAGAAGCAUUUUCAUGCGGAAAACUGAAUAGAUAAGCAUUUUUUGAAUAAAAUUGAAAGACCUUUAUAGGGACCACUGAAGCUUUAGAGGCUAAUGGGUCAAACCCCGAACCCCUACACUUCGUUCAUUAAGCAUAGGACCCCCUACUCUCUAUUUUUGGACUUUCUGGCAAAAUACGGAAAGAUAUCGAAAAUCUGUGAAAGCCAUUCGAUUCAGAGUACAAAAUAACCCACUGAGCCAAACUUUCAUUAUCCUAGCUCUUUCCCCACAAGCAUGCCAUCGAAAAAAAAAAACGGUUUUUGGACCGUUCAAUAAGGAUAGGACCACCUGGGAAUUUUGACUUUUAUUGGUAGUUUUUGGUCAAUUUCUCUUCUUGAUGAAUUGUUUUUUGUUCUCAUAUCAUUUGUUUCAAAGUUUUUGGCGACUUGAAAAGGAUCCUCUGAGGCUUCGAGAAGAGGCUCAAAAGCCUUUCCUCACCUUUUUAGGACUUUUCUAGCUCAUUCUCAGAGUUCUCAAAGCAACUUUUCUGUUUCACUUAUGAAAAAAACAUUUGAAGACGCCUUCUGAGAGGUCUGAUCACCGGCGAGAUCAAAGGGUCGCCGGAAUUCGUUUCGCCGGAAAUCGUGAGGGGAUAUCCGUUGACCCUCGCCACGGACAUGUGGAGCACGGGGACGCUCACUUACGUUUUGUUAGUUUAUUUUUGUGUUUUUUUAAAUUUAAUAAUCAGAUCUUCAUCAGUGUAGAACCUAAUUCAAAGAUUUUUGAGUUGAGGAUCUGAAAAUUUGAUUUUAGUCGUGAAAUUUAGCCAAUGCUCAACAUUAUCAUCAGAAAAUGUGGUCGGAAAAGUCGAAAAAAAUUAUUUUUCAUUAGACCCAAGAUUCAGAAUGGCAGUUUCAUCAUUACGAAUCUUAAAAAAUUUAUUUUUUCCUGAAAAAGUUGAGAAUUUCUCGAAAAAAGAUCCUCUCUAUGACUGGAACUUCAAAUUUUUGAGGUUUUUCUCGAAUUCUUUUCAAUGAUUCACAUAUAAAAUUAGUACUUUUAUAAUUUCCUUGAAAUAUAAUUUUAGGCUGACCGGAAUUUCUCCAUUCCAUGGCGACAACGACGCGGAAACCUUGGCCAAUGUCGAUUCCAGCCGAUUCAAUGACGCUCCAUUGCAACAAUUCUCCUGGGACGCCAUGGAUUUCGUCAAGAAAUUGCUCCAGGAGAUCCCAGCGUGAAUAUUUUCAGAUUUUCGAGAGUUUUUUUGGACUUACAAGGAGAGAAUGUCAGUGAAAAUGGAUGAAGAGCCGAUUUUUUCAUUAUUUUAGUGCAUUUUGAGAGGAUUUUAUGAAUUUUGAAGCCUUUAAGCGUCUUUUUUUAGGGAUAUUUUUUUAUUAAUAUGUGUUUUUUUCUUCGUUUUUUUCGAGCUCUAGAAAAAGCUUUAUUGAUUUUUUAAGGUUUUGAAGAAAAAGUUGAAUUUGUGCACUUUAAUGGAUGUUGGGAUUGUCGUAGGGAACGAGAAUUUCCUGUAAAUUUAUUUUUUGAAUAUUUUUCUACUCCAUAAUGAUAAUCGUUCCAUUCACUAGGAGGAACUGUACAUGAAAAACCGAUAAAUUGCCGAUUUUCUCAUGAUUUGAGUGGAUUUUGAAAGGAUUUUAUGAAUUUUGAAGCCUUCAAGCGUUUUUUUUUACAGAUAUUUUUGAUUUCACAUGCUUUCCUUCACUUUUUUGAGCUCUAGAAAGGCGUUCUUGAUUUUUUAAGGUUUUGAAAAGGAAAACAUUGAUUUUUAGCUUUCUAAGGGCUGUUGUUAACGUGGUAUCGAUAAAUUGCCAAUUUUCUCAUGUUUUGAGCAAAAUUUCAGAAAAUUUAUGAGUUUUGAAGCCCUUUAAUCAUCAUUUUACAAUGAUAUUUUUAAAAUUACCUGCUCUUCUUUCACUCUUUUGAGCUCUAGAACAAGCCGGAAAAAAAUUUGAAGUUUCUGUUUUGUUUUUAAAAGGAAAAAAAUACUUUUAUAAAAUUUUGAAGCCUUCAAGCGUUUUUUCAGAGGGAUAUUUUCAAUAAUAUAUGCUUUUCCUUUGUUUUUGAGCUCUAGAACGACGUGGAAAAAUUGAGAGUCCCUGAUUUUGAGUAUUUUUUGAAUUCUAAGAGGAAAAAUCGGUAGUUUUUUCGAGCUGUAAAAAGUACUCGAUUUACUGAAGACUUGAGAAGGGUUUAUGAACUUCGAAACUUUUUUUGGGACAUUUUAUCAAAAUUCUGCUUCCUCUUCACUUUUUUGAGCUGUAGAACCAUUCGGAGGAGAAAUAUGAAAGUCCCGAUUUGUUAAAUUUUUGAGAGGAAAUAAUUGAAUUUAUACACUCUAGUGGAUGUUGGGACCGUGGUAGUGAACGGAAAUUCCCUGAGAAAUUAAUAUUUUAUGAAUAUUUUCCACUUCAUAAUGAUAAUCUUGUCAUUCAUCCAGAGAAACUGUCCUUGAAAAAUCGAUAAAUUGCCGAUUUUCUCAUGUUUUGAGCAAAACUUCAGAGGAUUUAUGAGUUUUGAAGCCCUUUAAUCAUGAUUUUACACGGAUAUUUUUCAAAAAAUCCUGGUUUUCCUUCACUUUUUUGAGCUCUAGAACGAGGAAAAUUCAAAAUUUCUGUUUUUUUAAAGGAAAAAAUUGAAUCCAAAUACUUCAUGGACAUCUGGGACGUGGUAGUGUCCGUGAAUUUUCUGAGAAAUUAUUAUUUUAUAAAUCAAUUUCCACUCCAUAAUAGUAGUCUAUACAUGCAAAAGGAGAAAUUGUCCAUUAAAAAAAUCCGAAUCAAAAAUUCCUGUAUUUUAUUUUUUUAUUUUUUUAUUGUUUUGAAUAUUCCCUACUUCAUAAUAAUAAUCUUUCCAUGAAAAAAAUUUGAUAUGAGCUGUGUGAAGAAAAAAAUAGUCGAUUCACUCACGUUUUUUUCAGAGACUUUUUAUAAAUUUUGAAGCCUUCAAGCGUCUUUUUAAAGAGAUAUUUUUAAUUUUACAUCAUUUUCCUUCACUUUUUUUCAGCUCUAGAACGACUCGGAAAAAAAUUGAGAGCUCCGUAUUUGAGUUUUUUUUUUGAAUUCUAAGAGGAAAAAUGGGUAAUUUUUUUGACCGAACUAUAAAAAAGUACUCGAUUUACUAAGGAAUUUAGCCGAGUUUUGAAGGAUUUAUGUGUUCCGGACCAUUUUUUGAAAUAUGCUAUCAAAAUUUGGCUUCCUCUCUCUUUUUUGAGUUUUAGAAUAAGCCGGAAAGAAAGUUGAAAUUUUCUGAUUUUGAGGUUUUUCAAAAGAUUAGCACUCUAAUGGAUGUUGUGGACGUGGUAGUGAACGGAAAUUACUGAAAAAUCGAUAUAUUUUUCAUGAAUAUUUUCCAGUCACCGCCUGACAGUAGAUGAAGCCCUGCAACAUCCUUGGAUCAACGACGAAUCGCUGAAAAACGAGCCCCUGGCCGCGGAUUGCCUCCGGGAGUUCAAAUAUCAACACAAGUGGCUGGUGAGUUUGGAAAAAAUUUAGGUAUAAGUGGAAAAAAUCAGUAUUUUUCCGUCCAAUGAUGUCUUAAACGUUUUCUUUGAGUUUCUUUUAAUUUUUUUGAAUUUAAAACAUGGAUUUCGGAAAAGUCCCGAGAAAAAGAAACGCGGAAAAUAGUUGUUGAACAUUUGUUCCGUGAUUUUGCAACGAGGAUCUGGGAAAAUUGAUCGAUUUACACCGCAGGAGAGGAUUUUUCGUGUUUCUCGUCAUUUUUCUCAUGAAAAUUGGCCAAGAAAUAAUAUGUUUUGAAAUUAUUUUGAAGAGAAAAGAUGUCGAAGAAGGUUAGACGUUUUAAAAAAUUAGACGUCGGAUUUCCAGAAUUUUCAGUUUUUACGCUAAUUUUCAUCAUUUCAAAAUUUGAACAUCCAUCGAUUUUAGUCUAAAUUCGAGCAAAAAUCGAUAAAUCCAGCAAAAAAAAAGAAACGAAAGAUCGGCCCCAAGCUGCAAGAAGCACAUAUAUUUGCACAGAAAUCCCCCUCGCCAUCAAGUUCAGGCUUGAAAGAAAAAGACAUUUUUCUUUUUUUCGCUCUUUCUGUUUAUUUAUGUUAUGAAACUAUCUUUUUUUUGGGAUUUAUUGAUUUUUUUAUUUUGUAAGGGAGGUAGAGUCUAUGGGUAAUCAUUUUUCCGGAUUUUUUUCUCAAUUUUUUGAAAAAUGAUCAGCCUUCUCUCUUCUCCCAAGCUUAUCUCUUGAGAUUUCUAGACCAUCCCGAUGUUGCGAAAAUAAAUUGAUUGAUUGAUAAAAAAAAAUUAGGUUUUUACGUGUUUAAUGUUUUUUUUUUUCUCAAGUCACAUUUUAUUUUCUUGGAUGGGUUAUGAGAGAGAAGAUUUAUCGCCAAUCUUAUAGUUAAAAAAAUGAUAUUUUUUUGGGAAACUCUUCAGAAAAAUUGAAAAUAUAAAACCUCGCCCUUAUUAUGAUUAAGUUUUUUUAAAAAAAUGUUACGUAGGACUUUUUUUCAAAGAUUUGUAGUUCUUCUCACCUUUGAGGGACCUUAACUCGACUAGAACCAAAUAGGCGCACUUUUUUUCAACUUCUUAGGUUUCCGGAGCUCCGAAAGUACCUAAAUACCAAUUUUUAUUAAAUCACAAUACCUCGACCUUUUGCACUUCCCGUGUCAGAUGAUCAAAAGCUUGAGCUCUGAAAAAAAAAAUGUGUAAAUUUUCUAGGAGCGCCGCGUUUUCGUCCAGCAAACACCGUCGGAGCAGAUUCUCGAAGCGGUUCUUGUGAGUUUCAGAAAAAUUCAACUUCUAAGCUGAAUUCUUCAAUCUGAAUUGAAGUCUCUGAGCUUCUUAAAAAUGAUCCUUUUCAUGUGAAUAAUGAGUUGACAAGACUGUUGAGAUGAUCAUUUUGGGUUAUUAAGAGAAAAUAACGAAAUUGGGUGAUGAAUUUCCCCAUUAAUGCCUCGUAAAAAUUGAAAAAAAUUGGAAAAAUCUGUGUUUAGGAAAAAAGUUAUCAUAAUUUACUGCACAGAACAAUAACAAAAAAUUUUUUUCGUCAUUUGAUUAUUUAAAAAAAAUCAUACCAAUAUUUUUUAGAAGUCACUAAACACUAUAUAUUCUGCUUCUAGGACUCGGUUUUUAAUUUAAUCAGCUUUUUCUUAAAUUUUGCUUUCUAUUACUGAAAAGUCAUCGAUUUUAUCACAGAACGUGUGUUUAGGUAUUAAUUUUUUUCGCUUCAAGUUUAAAAAUUGGAAUUUUUGUGAGACUUUUCUGGUUUAUUACUAACGAAAACACGAUAGCUUUAUCACCAAAGAGCUCCUGUAGGCUCCAUCGAUCGCCCUUGCGCAGGAGCAGGCCAAACGACGCGAUAACGCAGUCCGACCCGCCGAGAUCUACGACUACCUACGCAUCAAACCGAGAGCUCCGGCUCCUGUCGAACAGGUAAAAGUCAGAAAAAAAAAACUGGGAAGCUUGCGUCUAGAAAGUGAGUGGAAAAGAGAGAGAUUAGAGCAUCGAAUUGAGAGCCCCGGCUCCUGUCGAACAGGUAGAACGUCAAAUAAAAACUUGGGAGCUUGGACUAUAAACGUAAUAGUAAAGAGAGAACUCCGGGCUUUGUUGAACAGGUGAAAAAAAAGCAAGGCCCAAAAGCCCACUUUUUAAAGAUAGACUCCGUUUUUCGCGACUUGAAAUAGCGGGGUUUCUCUGCGCCCUCCUUAUCUCUCGCCGUCUCUCUCCUGUUUACGCGCUAUUUUCAUGUUUCUCUGACCUCGCCGGUGAGGGAACAGAGAGACGCAGACACGCGAAAACUGUCAAGUCAUGGCGGACGGACUAUAACUUUAACUGAAAGUUGGAAAAACGUUCUUUCAAUUUUUUUUUGUCGUUUUAGUGUUAUUAAUGAGGAAUACGACUUUUUAGAAAGAUUGAAUUUUUGAAUUAAAUUCGGAAACUCCUUUUGCUCCUCAAAAUUGGAAAAAAAUAAGUUUUUUUGGGACUGGACGUGUUCUUCAAAAGGAAAUCACCUAUAUGAUUUUCAGGAAAUAUUUAUUUUUGUUGAAACGGCCGAAAAUCUACAUUUCUAGGUACCUCAACCGAGAAAAGAACACCCGCCGUUCAUUGACGAAUUUGGACAAGUUAUUGAUCCGGCGGUUUGAAAAUUAGACAAAAAUUGGUGAAAAUAGGUCAUUUACAGGCGUUUGACGGACGAUACGAACCCGACCACUACGAUCCGCGUUUUGAUCCGAGGUAGAAGAAAAAGAAGAAUUAUUUGAUAUUUUCACUGAUUUUAAAGCUUUUGACUUGAUAGAAAUGUAUUUGGAUGAUGUAUAAUUUUUCUCAGCCUUCAAAAAAAUGAGUUUUUUUUCGCAGAAGACUUCCCCCGGAAGUUCGACAAGACCCACGGGGACAUCCAGGCCAAAGGCAACCCCAAAGGAUCCCUGUCGACGAAUACGGUAUCUCUUUUGGGACUUUUAUGGAAUUUUUUGAAGGGUUAUUCGGAGGUAAACUUAGGAAUCUUAGAGUGGUCCCUAUAGGGCUUAAGGAGGCCGAAUAAGUGGUCCCUAUAGGAGUUUAGGAUCUGACCCCUUAGCCCGUAAAGCUGAAGUGGACCCUAUAGGGGUCUCUCAAUUCAUUCAAAAAAAGCGCUUGUUCAUUUAAUUUUUUUUAUUUAAAAAAAGUGCUUCUUCAUAAUAAUUAUCUACUAGCAUGUCCCCUAUAGGGACCACUAACUAAAACCCCUCAAGGGACCAUUUUUGCAAGCUUUAGUAGCCCCUAUAGGGGUUGGUAAAGGUCGCUAAAGUGGCCCCCCGCUCUGGAGUUUUUGAAGAAAGUUUGCAAUAUUUUUUUUAGUAUGAAUGGUUUUCCGGGAAAGUUAGAACGAAGUUGGAAUUUCUAGAAAAAAUGGUUUGAUUCUUCAAUUUUUGAACGCGGCAAAAAAAAUAGUCAUUUGGAGAGGUUAGAAAGGAUUCAGUGUUUUUUGAAGCUAGAAACUAUUUCCAAAGAGGUUUUUUUUUCGUUCUUCUGCGUUAGAAUUUCAAGCCUCAACUCAAAAAAAAAGCCUGUUCUGGAGCUGACAUCGACUUUUUAAAAAAAGCCUAUUGAUUAUGCAAAAAUGGGUUCGAGAGAGAAAAAUAUACUUUUUUUUGAAAUUUAGUGAUCUGAAGUGUGUCCAAAAGUAGCUCUGUACGAAGUUUCAUCGAAUUCUGAUCUUUAAAAAGUGACACGAACUUUAUCAAAACUACCAAUCCAGGCCGCCCGUUGCGUCCCGAAGACGUCGGCCGGGCGGUGAACGACCCAAGCCGUCGUCCUGUCUCCCUCGACGACGCCCGCUUUGCUCCCGACCGUUUCGAGUGUCCCGCCGAUUACCGAAAAGUAAUCCUCGAUUCGAAAACUGCAUUUUUUGCGUUUUUAGCCCCUCCAACACGGCCCGAUUCCCAUUGAUCAGUUUGGACAUCCGAUUCGCCAGGGUCAGUUUCGAAAAAAUGACUUUUUGAAGCUUUUUUGGGGGUCUUCAAAAAGGGAAAUUCUUAAAAAGGAUAUGAAAAAAAAAGCUGAAAAAAGGGUUUUAUAAAGGUUUUUUCGGAAAAAAAAAAAUGGUUGUCUUAACUUUGCCAAACACGCCCUAUGACGCACCACUGUCUGUUGAGCAAUUUUUGAACGAGAAAAAGUGGAAUAUUCAGUUUUCUCUGUGGCAAAUUUGGUUGAAAAACGUUUCUAUUCAAAAAUCUAGAUCAUUUAUAAGCAUAAAGAGGCAAUUUUUCGCAAUUUUUCAUAGGUUUUCAAAGUUUUCCAUGAUUUUUUCUGGAUUUUCGAUCAUUUUUUCGAGCAACCAUUGAAGUUUCUAGGUCCACCACAACCACAAGUCGACCCGAUGGCUGAGAAACGGAAGCUGAUCCCGCAGGACAAGGGCGAAACUCCGUCCAGAGCCAAAAGAGAGCCCCCGAAGGAGCCUCUCGUUGAGCAGGAGGACUUGCCCAGGGUAAUCAAUCAAGGAAAUAGAAGAGAAAUCAGUUCUACAUCAAUUUGAAUUCAAACAAUCAUGGGCAAGAAACUAGUCGGAAUUCGAAGUUGAAAACACGCCCUAUGACGCACCACUGCCUAGAGGCUUCUUAAGAAUGAAAAAGUAGUUUCGAAAAUACACUUUGAUGUUUUUCGACUGAAAGCCAGAGUAAAAAGCGUGUGGAUGUUGAGUUUUGAAAACACGCCCUAUGACGCACCACUGACUGUAUCUUCUACUUUUUGCACUCUAUUUCAACAUUGAAGGUGUCUUGAAAUAAAAAACAGCUUCGAAAGUUCACGUUGAUGUUUUUCGACUGAAAAAUAAGAGUAAAAAGCGUCUGGAUGUUGGAUUUUGAAAACACGCCCUAUGACGCACAAUCGUCUAUACCUAUCAUUUACUUUUUGCACUCUAUUUCAACUUUAAAAGCGUUUUGAAUAGCAACAAGUUAAAUUUGGUAGUUUUAUACUAAAAAAGGAAAAGCGUCUCAAUUUUGGAUUUUCAAAACACGCCCUGUGACGCACAACUGUCUGUACUAUUUAAUGUAUGCACUCUCUAUUAAAAUUCAAGGCUUCUUUAGAAACACAAAAAGUUCAAUUUGGCAGUUUUAUACUAAAAAUGAGAGUAAAAAGCGUCUCAAUUUUGGAUUUUCAAAACACGCCCUAUGACGCACAAUUUUUCGUAUCUUUUGAUGGUUGCGCUCUGUUUCAAAAUAAGAAGUGUCUUGAAAAGCAAUAGGUUGAAUCGGGUAGUUUUAUACUGAAAAUAAGAGAAAAAUCGACUUGUUUUUCGAACUCUUCAAAACACGCCCUAUGACUCACCACAGUCUUUUCACCUCCAUGGUAAUUCAAAAGCUUCAGAGCUCUAUUAAGAGCUUAUUCGAAGAUGGAUACCGAAAAAUCAAGUAAGUAGGUUCUUAAUUUUUGAGUUUUCAAAACACGCCCUAUAAUUACGCACUACUGUUUGUAAAUUCCUUAUCUUUCAGAAGUUCAAGGCUUUUUUUAAAGUCAGAAAUACACCUUUCAAUUCUAUAUUUUAAUGUUUCAAAACACGCCCUACAAUGACGCAUUACUGUAGGCCGUAGUUCGAAUAAGAGAUCUUUUUAUUUUUCAUUUUUUUCAGUCCUGAAUUUUUUCAAAAAAAAUAUAAUAUACUUUGACAGGUACCUCUGAGGAUGAUCCGAGGCGAGCGACGUGAAAUCGAGGAGGAAAUCGCGAACAGAAUCCUCUCGGACAUUUCCGAAGAAGGCUCGAUCGCCGGAUCUUUGGCCAGCCUGGAAGACUUUGAGAUCAAGGUAAUACUAUAGUGAACCUGGAAAAUAACAGGAAAAUGAGAAAAUCUGGAAAUAUACCCCCUUUACAACUUUACAUUGCUUUUUGGAACAUCUGCACUCCAUUCGCAAUAAAAAUCUUCAGCCGUGUUGUUAGAAUUCCGAGCCGGCCUUUUGUUUCAUUUUUCUCGAUUCGUAGUACUUUUUUCCUGAUUUUAAGCGAUUUUACAAAGUUUUAGGUCAGUUUAGGACUUGUUUCUUUUUUUUCCGGAAAAGACCUGAUGGAUUACAGAUUUAACAGAAGAAAAUUGGAUCCGGUUAUCCCCAAAAUGUGAUCGAUUCCGAGUAGGAAAUAUUAAGAAAACUUCAAAAGUAGUUAGAUGUUCAGGUUUCUACUACAGUGCCUAGAAUGGACUAUCGUUGAAGUUAGGCAUUUCUGACGGCAACUCAUUUUGAAAAAAAAUAUUAAGACCUUCUUAAAUUUUAUGUCGUUUCUGAACGGGAAGGUAGGGAAAAACCCUGAAAUUAGUUAGAUGUGCAGGUUCAUUUCUACAGUACCAAAAGUCAGAGAAUGGACUAUAAAUAAAAUUAGGCCUUUUUUUACCAUAAUUAUCUAGGUAAUCAAAAAAGAAUCGCCCUAUCAGCUUAUUUUGAGUCUUUUCUGGAGUUCGGAAAAACCCUGAAAAUAGUUAGAUGUGCAGGUUUUGAUCUACAGUAUCUCAAGAAGUCAGAGAAUGUACUAAAGUUGAAAUCAGGCAUUUUUUGGCCGAAACUCCUUAGAAAAGCCGAAAAAAAUUACCUUCGCGAGUCGUUUCUGGACAGAAAUAUGGGGAAUUUUGUGAAUUUAGUUAGAUGUGCGGGUUUACUACUACAGUCUCUAGAAUGGACUUAUGUUUAAAUCAGGCAUUUUUCGACCGGAACUCCUUUAAAAGCAAAAAACUUGACUUCUCUUGUUUCGAAUAUUUUCUGAGAAAGUUGGGAAAACCCUGAAAGUAGUUAGAUGUGCAGGUUUCGCUCUACAGUAUCUAGAAUGGACUAUAAUUGAAAUUAGGCUUUUUUGACCGAAAUUCCUUGGGAAAGCCAAAAAAAUAACCUUUUCGAGUCGCUUAUGUACUGAGAUAAUUGAGGAACUUCGUGAAAAUAAUUAGAUGUCCAGGUUUUGCACUACGGUACCUUAAGAAGUUAGAGAAUGGACUACAUUUAAAAUUAGGUGUUUUUUUACUGUAAUCUUUUUACGCUAAACGAAAACUUUACCUUUCUCACGUCAUUCCGAAGCAACUUGGUCUAUUUUUCGACAUUUCUAGGAACUCCCACGCUCCGGCUCGGCCACGCCGAUCCCCAUCCACGAAUCCGAGCCGUCCACGCCGACUUUGACCCCGGAGAAUACCGUCGUCGAAGGCGUCGCCCCGGAAGAGAAGAAGAAGUCGCAGCCGCAGCAGAGGCCUGGACAGAUUAUCCCGGCUAAGGUAAACGAGAAAAAAAAGGAAUGAAAAUUCAGCUUGGCUAUUUUUUCUUGUUUUUGGUUGAUCCUUAGGGGGCGUGCCAACUAUUCAAAUUUUUAAAAAAUUUGGCUUUUACUCGGACCUCGGUAACGCAAACCGUAUGCGCCCCGGGCGUUUUUAAGCGUUUUGUCAGUCCCUCUUAAGUGAUCACUUGAAAUUUUUGCCUUAACAAGGUCCGAGUAGGGAAUAUACUCAGGAACUUCAGAGUGGUCCCUAUAGAGGCAACUUUGGAGAGACCACUUUACCAACCCCUAUAGGAGCCACUAAAGCUUGCAAAAGUGAUCCCUAGAGGGGACAUGCAAGUGUCGAUAACUGUUAUGAAUUCUAAGAGAAGAAGCAUUUCCAUGAGUAAAACUUAAUAAAAUUGAGACCCCUAUAGGGACCACUUGAGCUUUGAGGCAGUCAGAAACCCCUAUAGGGAUUACUUUAAUUUUACCCCUAUAGGGACCACUUUUUUGACCCCUAACCCCUAUAAGGAUCACUCUGGAGCUCCUAAAUAUGUUAGUUUGAACACUAAAAAUCUCGUUUUUUUCAGCUUCUGAUCAUUCUUUGAACAAAUUUGAGGGCUUUGAAGCUUUUGUAACAGUCUAAAUUCCAUAUAAAACUUCUUGAAGACUUCAAAAUCAAAAUAUGAUUUUCAGUGUUUUUUUAUAGUGUUUAUUAUACCACAGCUCCAAGUUCAGCUUUUCCUGGAAUUUCUGUUUUUUUUUUUUCAGCUUCUGAUCAUUUUUUGAACAAUUUUGAGGGCUUUGAAGCGUCUGUAACCGUCUAGAUUCAAUAUAAAAAGUUUUUGAAGACUUCAAAAUCAAAAUAUGAGUUUCAAGGUCUAUUUUUAUAGUUUUUUUCUAUACCUGGGCUUCAAACUUAGCUUUUCCUGGAAUUUCUAUUUUUUUUUUCAGCUUCUGAUCAUUUUUUGAACAAAUUUGAGGGCUUUGAAACUUCUGUAACAGACUAGAUUCAAUAUAAAAACUUCUUGAAGACUUCAAAAUCAAAAUAUGAUUUUCAGUGUUAAGUUUUACCGUUUUCAUUGUACCUUAGCUCCAAAUUAAGCUUUUCCUGGAAACUCUUUUUUUCCAGGUCACCUACCCUGACGCUGUACUUGCCGGCUUGCCUGCUGAAGAUCGAAAGGUGAAAUUUUUGGAAAAUAUUGGGAAUAACUUUUUUUUUGUGUCCUGUAUGUGUGUUUUUUGUGCAUGGGUGUGGGUUUUUUAAGGAUUUUUCUGGCUUCGAAAGGGAUUCCGCAAUUUUUGGCCCUUUUUCUAACUUUAUAGCGAGUCCCUCUCACAAAACCAGAUCCCUUGGAACCAAUAAACUACUCGAAAUCGAUGAGAAACCAAUCAAAGUGUGACAGACGUUUUUCGCGAAUGUAGUAAGAGCGGAUUUUCCUUGUCGUUGGCGGUGGCGGCGGAAAAUCCACGACUAUUUGCGCUCUCUCGCACAAUCUCUUUUCCCGUGAACCUUGGCUGAGGAGGAGGGCCUGGAGUUUGCUUUGCUCAUCCGUCGGUGGCCCUCUCUCUGGGAUUCGGGAUCUCAUUUGUUAACUUACUUUCUUACUCAUGGCUUCUUGGAACCUCUUGCUAGCCGGUAUUUUCAUCGAUUUUUGCUCAGAAUUGAGAGCUCGAACUUUUGAAAUCGAAAACAGGUUCAUAGGUGGUUAUUCUAGUCCAUGAUAUACUUUUCUGAGUUUUACGGUCCCUCUUUUUUUCUGAGCGUCUAUAGCUCUUUUGUCUCCGAUUUUUAAAAUCGAAAAAAUGGCUUCAUAGGAAGUCCGUAUUCUACUUUUACGGUCCCUCUUUUUUUCUGAGAGUCGAUAUCUCUUUUUGUAGCUCCUUUUCUGCUUCUUGGAACCUCUUGGUAGCCAGUAUUUUCAUCGAUUUUCUUCAAGUUUUGGUCAGAGUUGAAAGCAAUUUUUUUUAACCGAAAAAAAGCCUCAUAGGUAGUUAUUAAAGACCAUAAUCUAUUGCUCUGACAUUUACGGUCCUUCUUUUUUUUUUCUGAACGUCGAUAUCUCCUUUUUUAGCCCUUUUUCUGCUUCUUGGAAACUCUUGCUAGUCAGUUUUCAUCGAUGUUUGCUCGGAUUUUCAAAAUCGAGAAAAAAACUUCAUAGGAAGUCCGUAUUCUACGUUUACGGUCCCUCUUUUUUUCUGAGCGUCUAGAUCUCCUCUUUCGAAUUCUUUUCUGCUUCUUUGAGCUUCUUGGUAGCCAGUAUUUUCAUGGAUUUAACUCAGGUUUGAGAACUCUUCUGAAUUCUUCGGUCCUUCUUUUUUUUUCCCUUACACGGGAAGUGCGAAAGGUCGAGGUAUUGGAACUUAAUGAAACUUGGUAUAUAGGUACUUCCGAACACCCUGCAUCCAAAGCAGUUGAAAAAAAGUGCGCCUUUUUGGUUUUAGUCGAGUUAGGGCGCCUCAAAGUUUGCACGCAAAAAUUAUAUUGGAAGGGACGAGGGAAUGUGUUGCGGCGGCUAUCUCUAACUGCCAGCAGGCGGCGUGGUGUAGUGGCUAGAGGCCUUGCGCUGUGGAACCUAUGAUGCAGGUUCGGUCCUUUUUUGGUGAAAUUUUUUUUGCUAAUUUUUUUUAUUUGAAAAAUGAGGAAGUUUUGAUGAUGGAGUGAAAGAACAGCUCAAAAUUUUGAAAUUCACCAUUUAAUGCCCAUCUGAGAAAGAAUUUCGACAAAAAAUUUUUUUGCUCCAUUUUUCCUUGCCUAACCAUCCGCAACACAUUCCCUCCUCCCUUUCAAUGCAUUUUUGGCGUGCAAACUUUGAGGCGCCCUAACUCGACUAAAACCAAAAAGGCGCACUUUUUCUCAACUGCUCUGGAUUCAGGGUGUUCGGAAGUACCUAUAUACCAAGUUUCAUUAAGUUCCAAUACCUCGACCUUUUGCACUUCCCGUGUUAGCGUCAAAAUCUUCCUUUUUAGCCCCUUUUCUGCUUCUGGGGGCCUUUUGGUAGCGAGUAGUUUUCUUGAUUUUCUCGAUUCUCAGGUUUUUGGUCAGAUCUCUCUAACUUAAGAUUUUGAGCCAAUCAGCCACUUCCCCGCCUUUUUCAGAAGUUUAAAGGAAGAUAUAUCGGAAGAUAAGAUUAUUUUAGCGUUCUUGACGUUAAAAGUUACAAGUUUACAAUGUUUUUGUCGUUUAAAAGUGAUAAUCAAACAGUUAUUGAAAAAAAAACUGCACUGAAAACUCUAGUGGUCACUUAAGAGGCACCUCAAGGGCUAGUUGGAGAGAACUUUUAAGUGGUCACUAAACCACCUCUAUAAAAGCCACGGUUUUGCGUCAUAGGGGACACUUUAGUAGUUUUUAAUGGUCUAGUAGUACCGAUUAGACUUCUAAAGAAUUUUGACCACUUCAGUGGCCACUUAUUAGAUUGCUAUAGUGGCCACGAAAAUGUCUAAGCCCUAAAAUGGCCACUAAGAAUUUUCCCCGUGGGCUCUGAAAAAGGCUGAUUGAAACCUCAAUUUACAGUUCAAACAGAGCUUUUUUUGGAAAGUUCAAAGGUUUUAUUGAUUUUUUUGAGUUUUUCGAGGUCAUAUUUUUUCCGUUUCAGCUUUCCAUUGGUUCAUCGGAUCAUGUAGGAUUUUUUAUAAGUACAAAAUUUAAAUUUUUUGGGAAGAUAACCGAUUUUCUGUAGUCUCUAGAGUCCUCAUGGACCACACAAGCGUUUGCUUCUUGUUUUUCCCUUUUUGUCGGGUUUUUCUACUUUAUUUUCUUCUCAACAAGAAACAAAUAACUAGCCUGAAGCAUGAGCGCGUCGCUGCUGGUCACGGCGCCUGUGGAUCCUGCCGGCAAAAACGGUCGAAAAUCGCCGCAUACCAAGAUCUCAUGCAUCGACAAGGGUAUCGAGCGCAAGCUGCUCGAAAAAGCCGACAAGUUGGGUCCGACUCCCAAUCGGCUCGUCUCAAAGUCCCGACCGGCUGAUUUGAACCUCGUCCAAGUGAGUGUCCCGAGUAAUGUCCCGAGCAUGGUUUUUCGUGUGGAUUCGCAUUGGAGCGCACUUUGAGAUAAUUUUAGCGGCGAUUUUUUUUUUUGGUUUUUGAAUAAUUGGAAGCUUCAAAACUCAUUUUUGUCAUAUUUUCUCGAUUUCCACUAGAAAUCUUGAAGGAAAAGCCUUGAAGCACAAAAAAACCAACUUGAGAUAAUUAGAAUUUUUGAAAAAUGGAUCUUUUAUUUUUGAGUGUUAUUUUUCUUCUACUAACAAGACUGCUAACAGAAAAAUUAGGAAAGUUUCACUUUUUAGUCGCACUUGGAAUAAAUUUAAGAAUAAGCCAUUCCAAAUGCUAUCCUCCCCCUUUUAUUCGCGGUUUUUAGGUUCUCGAGCAAGCCGAGAACGAUCCGUCGAUCCCAGUUGGAGCCCCACUCUUCCUCGAAGGACUUCACGGCGCCGACCUCACCGUCGACACCAAAGAAGGCUCUCACGGAUUUAUCAAGUAAAAAUAAAAAUAAAAGAAGGGAAAAAUACAAGUUUCUCCUCCAGAGUCAUCUCCCCGGCCUUGACCCUCAGCCCAUCGCCGAAAUCGCCAAGAAGAUCAACGCCUGGAACGAAAAGUCCAGUCCUUCUCAGCCCCGGAAGGGAGCAUUCUAUGGAAGUUGGUGGCUUGGGAAAAUUAGGCUAGGCUCAGUUUUUCAUGCUGAAUCCGAAUUUGGGAUCAAAAGUUGGUUAGGAGGUCUUUGAGCAGAGUUAUGAGCUCCCAAAGUCGGAAAUGGUCACUGAAUGAGAUCCUUUUUGAAAAUAAGAUAGGUCUCGUCACGAAAAAUAAGGUUUUUCAGGAAAAAAAGGAUUUUCGAACGAUAGAUGCAGUUUUUCACGUAGAUUCUGAAUCUCUAUUCGAAAAUACUUGAGAAGGCCUUUGAGCAAAGUUAUGAGCUCUUAAAGUCAAAAAAAGACCUAUUGGCUAAGCUCAUUUUUGUAUGGCAGAUGGAGCUCACGAAGAACCUAUUUUUGUUUCGUUCGAAAAUGAUAUCUCGGAAAAUGAAGCUUUAGAAUCGAUAAUGUGUUUUUUUUUUUUCGAGAACCUACUCUGAGCAAAUAUUUGAAAUCAGCUUGAAAAACUGCACAUUAUCUUGAUUUUAAAUCAGUCCUUAGCCAAUUUCAAGUUGAAAUAUACAACUCAACUACAGGUUUUGAUCGCGACCAAGAGAGGAAAGCCCGGAUUCCUACCGCCUGGAGAAGAAGCCCCGGAACUCGACGACGAAGACGCCCACAUGGACGACCGGAAGAAGAAGCUGAAGCCCCUGAGACACGACGGAGACGACGACUUCAAAGACCAGAAGGACAAGCUCGAGAGGGACAAGAACAGAAGACCGGUCGACCUGAACGACCUGGACAAGUAUCGGCCCAGCAACUUCUACAAGGAGGACUUGGACCUUCAACAUCCCGGCUACGAUGUCGACGACUCCCCUUGGGACUCUCAUUAUCAGGUUUUGGAGGAUGACAGAAGCUUAAAAACUUAUGAAGAUGAGAAAACUUGAUAUAAAGGCGUUUAGGUUAGAAUUACGACGCUUAUGGUUCCCCAUCGAAAUUUUACUUGAUAGAAGAUGCCCAUGAGCGCAAGUAGUUUCUAGUCGGGCGCACGAGAAAAUUUGAUAUAAGGGCAUAAUUAGGUGAAUAUCAGGACGCUUAUAAGGUCUCAGGUAGGCCCAAUCGAAAUUUAAACUGAUAGAGAAUGUUUAUGAGCGCAAGUAUUUUCUAGUCGGGCGCACGGAAGAUUGGUCAAAAUUUGAGCUGACCGAGCGCGUUGAGCCAUCGUUAAGGAAUUCAAAUCGUGAAAAAGAUGUUCAGAAGUUUCUUAAGGAAGUUUAGAAAAAGAGGGAAAAUUUAUUCAUAGAUCGAAAUAAAAAAAAUGAAUUUUUGGAAAAUUUAAAUUUGAGGAUGAGAAAAAUCAACGGGAAUAUCAAGAAGAACAUAAUUUAGUGGAAAUUAGGUCAAAUUUUAAACUCAAUCGAAAAAUCAAGCUAUGCCACUUUUUGAGCGACUUUCUCAAUGAUACAGGGUACCUAUUAGCGCAAGUAGUUUCAAGUCGGGCGCACGAAAAAUUGGUCAAAGUUUGAGUUGACCGUGACGCUUUGAUUCAUUGUUGAGAGGCUCAGAUUGUUUCUGUGAAAGGAAAAGUUUAAAAAAUAAUAGUAAGAUCUUUAAAGAUCGGCCCCGAUACCUACCUGAUGGCGGCUCGCGGAGCUUCCUUCAACAGUCGCGUCAGAGAUUAUCGUCGCGAACUGUUCGGAGACGGAGCCCCUACAGUACGCCAGGGCUUCCUGGGAUACCGUAACCGAGAUAUUACUGUAAGGGAGCGGCGAAGGUGGAAAAACAUCAAAAUAAUUGAAAAAACGGGCGGGGAAUUCAGAUACACGGACAUUCUUCGCGAAUCGCAGGAAGGCCUCCAGCCAAAGUCCAAUGAACAUGCGACGGCUUUGAAUAAGGUAAAAAUCUUCAAAAAAAGGGGUUUAUCAAGAAAAGUGGCAGGAAAAGGAAAGGACCAAAAAAAUUAUAGUUUAAGUUUGAAAAUUAUAUAUUUCUGAACGAAGUAGAACUUUGGAAAUCGUGUUUUUUUUAGAGAAAAGUUAUCGGAAUUUUGACUGGAAUUGAUGUAUUUUUGAAUCGAAAAUCCGGAAAAAUGCGGUCAAAAAAAUGGCGGAUUCCAGUGCAACUCAAGAAAAAUUAACAAACUGGAAAUUUAAAAAAACUCUUUCCGGUCAAAAAGAUUUUAAAAAUGAAAUAUAGUCGUUUUUUUCUGAACGGAAGGGGUUCAUGGAGAACUGAAAAAUGAUGAAUUUUUUUGAUUCUAGUGGAACUUAAAAAAAUAAAAAUUCAACCUGAAAAAUUAACGAUUUUACUCUCAAAACAUCAAUUUUUUUGGUCGAAAAAAAGUGGUUUUAAAAUGAAAAAAAGGGCCUUUUUCCUACACAAAAAAGGUUCAUGGAGGAUUAAAAAUAACGAUUUUUGAUUUUUGAGGAACUUACAAAAUAAAAUUCAACCUGAAAAUUGACGAUUAUACACUCAAAACAUCAAUUUUUGGUCGAAAAACCGGGUUUAAAAAUGAAAAAAUUGCCUUUUUUCUUGACACAACUGGCUCAGAAUGGACUAAAAUUGAUGAAUUUCGAUUUUAGGGGAAUUUACAAAAAAGUUUCAACUUGAAAACGAUUUUACUCUCAAAACAUCAGAUUUUUGGCCAAAAAAGUGGUUUUAAGAUGAAAAAGAGCCGUUUUUCUUGACAGAAUUGGUUCAGAACAGACUAAAAAUGAUGAAUUUCGAAUUUUCCAGGCCCCGUCAUCGAGUGCAAUCGAAAGAAUCAAGGCCGACAUCGAAAAAGUCGCCCCAUCGGCCACGAAACGCAACACCGACGGAAGUACGUUUCAAAGGGUCUAUAGAUUAAUUUGAAGAAUUGGGAUAGGUAUUUAAAGAAAAGUUGUCAACGAUUUCUGUUAGCGAGACAUCAAUUUCACUUCAAAAAUAGACGAAAAAUGUUUUUUCUGUUCAAAAAUGCGGUUUUGGUCGCAUUUGGAAUGGCUGAUUGAAAAAAUAAUAAAAAAUAACAAAAUUGAGAUGUUCUGCUAAUGGUUGGGCUCCAUAUAGAUUCUUAAAUAAAAAUCCCAAAAAUUAUUGUGAAUUUUUCAAAUCAAGCUUCCAAACCCUUUUGUCGCAUUUGGAAUGGCUGAGUAGAUAAAAUUCAAAAAAUGAGAAGUUCUGCUAAUGGUUGGGCUCCAUAUAGAUUCUUAAAUAAAAAUCCAAAAAUUAUUGUGAAUUUUUAAAAUCAAGCUUCCAAACCCUUUUUGUCGCAUUUGGAAUGGCUGAUUAAAAAAAUAAUAUAAAAAUUUUUGAGAUGUGAAAAGGAGAUGUUCUGCUAAUGACUGUGCUCCAUGUAGAUUCUUAAAUAAAAAAAUCCAAAAAAAUUAAUGUGAAUUUUUUUAAAAAUCAAGCGUCCAAACCCAUUUGGUCGCAUUUGGAAUAGUUAAGUAGAUAAAAUUAUACAAAAAAAUUUCAAAAUUGAAAUGUUCUGCUAAUGAUUGGGCUCAAUGUAGAUUCUCAAGUGAAAAUCAAAAAAUUACUGGGAAAUUUUCAAGUCGAGGCCUUCUAUACUAAUUUGGGCUUUCAAACCACUUUGGUCGCAUUUGGAUUGGCUGAUUAGAUAAAAUUAUACAAAAAAAUUCAAAAUAUGAAAAAGUUUUUUUCUAAUGAUUGCGCUUCAUAUGGAUUCUCAAGUGAAAAUCCAAAAAUUUCGAGUGAAAAUCGGAGAAUUAUUGUUAAAUUUCCAAGUCGAGGCCUUCUAUACUAAUUUGGGCUUUAAAACCCUUUUGGUCGCAUUUGGAAUGGAUUAGGAGCGUCGCGUUUGAGUUUUGACUGUCACAUUCUCUUUUUUCAACCGAAUUUUUGAUAGAAAAUCGUCUUGCUUUUUCCCAUGAAUUUCCCCAAAUUUUUCAAUGAAUUUUCACUCUGCGAAAGUCGUUUUGAAGUCGGUUGCAAGGAGUAAAGCUUCCUUGCAACCCUGAGAUUCAAAAUUUGAUCAGAAAAAAUGGUUUUUAAUAUAUGAAUUUCCUAAAAAAUCACUUGGACCCCGCUAACGGAAACCGGACGUUUCUGAACCCUCUAGUGACCACUUAAGAGGAAUAAAACCACUAAAGGAAUCCCUAGAAAUGCUCAAAAGCGUCAGGUUUACAUUACCAAGAUCUAAGAAGUUUUUUCCUUAAUUAUACAAUAAAAAAUAGCCCGGUUUUUCUCCAGCUUUUGCCCCGAUUUUCGUGUCCCGCCUCCGUGACGUCUACCUCAACCAAGGCCGACCGGCCAUUUUCGAAUGUUCGAUCGCCGGAAGCCCUGCGCCGAAAGUCCAGUGGAGCAUCCAUGGAAAGGUGCUCCAGGACGGGGAAAAUGUCAAGAUCGAGCAGGUUUGUUUUGAUAUUUGGUUACUUGAAAAGCGAAAUAGUUUUUCCAUUUUGAUGAAAUUUGAGGGAACUUUGCAUCUCCGUGUGCAAAAACACAGGAAAACUUUUAGUUAUAGAUAAUUUUUUUCGAUUUUUUGAGCUCCUCACAUUUACGAAAAGUGAAAAAAAUGGGCUAUUUAGGGCUCUUGAGAGGUCAAAAAAAUCGAGUUAAAAAAUUUUUACAGCUUUUUUUUUGUACUGGAGUUAGAAGAUCUUGAAAUACGGUCAAGUUUUCUUAAAAAUCGAAGUUUAUUCGAGUUUUAGAGCUCCUUACAUUCACGAAAAAGUGAAAAAAAGGGGCUAUUUGAGGCUUUUGAAAGGUCAAAAAAAUCGAGUAAAAAAAGAAAUUUUUUUCAUUUUUUUCCUUGUACUGAGGUUAUAAGAACUUGAAUUAGAUUUUUAAAAAAAUUUUCAAAAUUUUGAUUUUGGCAGCCUUUUUUUCAGCCUAUUCGAGUUUUAGAGCAUUUUAAAAAGAUCUACCUAGAGUUUUAGAUCAACAUUUGAGUAGUUACUUGAUUUCUGACCCUUUGAAAAAAACUUAUAUGACGCCCUCGGCUGUUUCCAGGACCACAACAUUGCCCGAUUGACAAUCAAAUCUCCGGCCGCCUUCGAUUUGGGCGAAUACGUCUGCUCGGCUUCAAAUGAGUACGGAAGUGACAAGACGACUUGCCGGCUGAUCAGUGGAGGUACAGGGAGAAGACUGAAAAAUCGAGGGGGAAGAGAAAAAUUAAACCUUUUUGGAAGGCUUGCUAAGACUUUAAGGCCGCCUGAGGCUCCUAGAACAUCUUCCGGAACUUCUGAAGCCAUUCCAACAACUUUCAGAGACCCCAUCCCGACCUGGACGACCCGAGUGCAAGCUGUCGUCCGACACGGAACUCUUCAUCCACUGGGAGGCUCCCGAGGGUCCGACCUACCUCGAAGGCAUCACCUACCGUCUGGAGUACCGCCACGCCGGUCCCGACGACCACGGAGCUCCCUGGGUCCUCAUCAAUGACAAUGUGAGAGACUCUUCAAUGUUCAUCUCCUGCCUGAAACUCUUCAAAGUAUACUCCGUCAGCACCUUUCUCGUCCCUCUCAUGCUCCCGUUCUUUUAUCAUUUUUCUCUGACCUUGCCGGCGAGAGAACAGGGAGACGCAGACACUGGAAAAGUGACAAGACGCGAUGAACUUCCAAAAAAACCAUAGGCAAUGGAAAAAUUUUAAAACUAGAUUUUUUUUACAAGUCCCCAAUAACAAGAAACCUACUGCCAAGUGCGCAAUUUUCCUCGAGUUAUUAGAAAAAUAGAGUUUGAUGAAUCCCUGUACAGAGUUAUUUGUCCGUAGAGCGCAUUUGUAGUCUAGUUUUCGGCCAAGAACAGUUUUUUUUUUCUGGAAACAAUUUUUUGAACGAUUUCCGCUCUGAAAUUGAAUCAGUUUGCAUAUAAACCUGUUUUGCAAAGUGUUAGGCCUUUUUUUUUAUUCUAGUGUGCUCCACUGAUAAAACUGACCUUUUUCGAGUUUUUUUCAUCAGUUGAGUGUCUAAUUUUUGAGGAUUAUCAAGAUCAAAAAGUUAAAUUUUUGGCUAGAAAGUUGGGAAUUUUCAAGAUUUACUUCAAAGAGAAAAAAAUAAUUAUUAUUAAAAAGAUUUUUUUCGCAGUAACCAUUUUCUGUACGUGCCUGAAUGCAAGUAGUUUAUUUUACGGACAUUUGUGAUUUUCCAAACUUUAGGCCUUUUUUUCUGUUUGUAGUGCGCUCCACUGAUAAACCUGGCCUUUUUUUCGUGAUCAUGAUGCGCUCCAUUGAGAAAAAUGGCCUUUUUCGAGAUCAUGUUGCGCUCCAUUGAGAAAAAAAUGGCAUUUUUUUCAAUUUUUUUUUUUUGUCAAUUAAGCGUCUAUUUUCUUCAGAAGAAUACGAAUACCAAGUUGAAUUUUAGUUAGAAAGUUGAUAAUUUCGAAAUUUAGUUUUCAAAAAUCUAUUGAAAAAGACAGCUUUUAAUUGAUUUUCAAGGCUUUUGUCCCUUUUUAAAGUCCUAUUUCUAUUUGAAAGUUGUAGAUCGACGAUGAAGCUGUAGUGGUGAAACACCUCCACCCACUGGGAAUCUACCAAUUCCGAGUCACGGCCAAGAACGGCUUCGGCCUUGGAUUGCCCUCCCUGAGCAGCCGAAUCGUCCAGACCCACGGAAAAGGCACCCCCAAACUGCAAAUUGGCGUUUUGCGUGGGGAGAUCCGACUGAACGUCGUCUCCCUGCCGCAUAAGGUCUUGAAAAAAACUCUCAAGUAAGAGAAAAAAAUCGACUUUUAGUCGUCGAACCAACUGGAAGGAAUCUCCGAAGAGAGUGAAGAAGAAUCGGUUAGAACCAUGGACGUCGAUGUUCCAUCGGAUCUGAGCCUUCAGACUGUCGAGCCGACGACGCGGUUCCAGGUGGGAAUGGGAGAAAAUAGCUUAUUUUAUGUCCUUGCCAUUUUUCUGUAUAUAGGUUGCUCCGGUGAUAGGAUAGGGUUUUUACAAUUUUUGAUCAUGACGGAAGCUUUUUAUCAAAUUUUAGCAGUGGAGCACCAAAAGGUCUUCAAAAACAGCCGCUUGUAUAUAGAUUGCUCCAGUGAUAGGAUAGGAUUUUUACAAUUUUUCAUCUUUUAAAGCGAUUUUUUUUUAUCAUGAAGGAAGCUUUUUUGGUCAAAUUUUAGCAUUGGAGCACAGAAAAGCCUUCAAAAACAGCCGCUUUCACGAAUUUUUUUUCUAGUUUUUCUCACCUUUCUUGAUACCUUUAAAGCUUUCGAAAAUGGAAUUUUGAAGUAUUUUAAAAAAUUUACCGCUUUUUUGGAUUUUUUCCGGUUUCUCAGCACAAAUAAUGGUUGAUUAACCUUUUUGGGGCUUUCGAAACGGAACAGGAAGGUUUUUAAACAACUUUUAAAGGUCUACCGAUUUUCAUGGGGUUCCUGGGUGAAAUGAAAGGUUUAAUAGAACCUUCUGAACUUCAGAAACCAAAAAGAAACCUUUUUCAAUAGUUUUUCAAGGUCUUUCCGUUAUCUACCGGUGUUUUAGAAGAAAUGAUUGAUAAAAAUAGUUCCUAUGGUUCCAGAUCGCCGGCCUACUGUUCAAAGGACGCUUUUCGGUGAUCCGGGAAGCCGUCGACUCUCAAACCGAAGCCGGAGCCCAUUGUGUCGCCAAAAUCCGCCAUCCUGCCGACCAGGCCAUCAAGGAGUUCGAAACGCUCAGAGACUCCCAACACGAGAACGUCCAGCGCCUCAUUGCUGCCUAUAAUAGGUAAUUGCCAAAAAAAAUAGUUUUGAAGGCGUGAAAUUCGUUAGGAAAAAGAUUGAAAUACCUUUUUAUAAGGUUGAAAAUUCCAUUUUAAUUCGGUUUUUGAAAAAAGAAAACCUGGGCCCGAGUAGCUUGAAUAGAGUUAAUUCUUCAUUUAGCUGUUCGAAUAAUUUUUUUUCUAUAAGAUGAGACAACCCUCAAAGUGCUCUGUAAAGAAGCUUGGAAAAUUAUGAAAAUUUUGAACCCUUUGGGAUUUUUUUUAGUUGCGCUCUAGUGAGUAUUUCUGUGAAAUUUUUAAAUUUUUCUGAAUUUUUACCCUCAACCGACUUCCAUACGUCUUAAAUUACCUCCACUUGUUCUGAGAGCUCGCUAGCGUUCCGGGCAGUUCUAGGGAUCACUUAAGAGUUCUGACGCUACUACAGUAGUCACUAGAAGUUCUAUGAAAGUUCCGGAGCGCGUCUGAUUCGCGUUACCAAGAUUUUAGCUAUGGUAACUAUUGAAUUUUGCAUUUAUCAAAAGUUGGUUUUUUCAGUACGGAAGGGUCCGUACUCACCAGUCUUCUGCGUCAUUUUUAGCUCUCCAGGUACAAUUUUUCAGCGGCGGCUUCUUGUAUCUGAUGUGCGAGCGGCUCUACGAGGACGUCUUCAGUCGAUUCGUCUUCAAUGAUUAUUAUACGGAGGAACAAAUCGCGAUCACGAUCCGCCAAGUCACCGCCGCCCUUCAUUUCUUGCACUUUAGAGGGUUCGUUUUGGGAAUUUUGAUCAUCUUGUGCAUAGACAAGGUCUGAAAGGGUGCAAAAAGGUUCCUUAGAAAUGCUCCUUUUUUGCUGCAUUUUUGCGUCAUUUCAUCGGCUGUAAUGAACCAUUUUUGCUGCCUUUUCCUUUUUUCCACCAUUUCUUGAGCCUUUAAAAUACUCGAAAAACUGGGAGGCUCGAUAAAGAGACCCUUUUUGCUCCCUUUCUGCACCCUUUUUGCCGCCUUUUUGCACCCUUUUUGCACCCUUUUUGCGCCAUUUCAUCGGCUGUAAUGUACCAUUUUUGCUGCCUUUUCCUUUUUUCCACCAAUUUUUUUUUUGAGCGUUUGAAAACCCAGAAAAAAUGGGAGGCUCGACAAAGGGACCCUUUUUGCGACCUUUCUGCGGCCUUUUUGCUCCCCUUUUGCACCCUUUUUGCUGCCUUUUCUCUACCUUUUUGCUGCAGUUUCGCGGUCUUUUUUCCGGCUCUUAUGCACCAUUUUUGCUGCCUCUUCCUUUUUUCCAUCAUUUCUUGAGCCUUUGAAAACCCAGAAAAAAUGGGAGGGACCCUUUUUGCACCCUUUUUGCACCCUUUCUGCAGCCUUUUUGCUCCCUUUUUGCUGCCUUUUUGCUGUCUUUCUGCGGCCUUUUUUGAGCCUCUCCCUUUUAGCGGCCAUUGUCCACCAUUCCGACUCUGCCCGAGCUGCUUGAAUUUGAAUCAUAUUUUCUAUUCUUCAGAAUCGCCCACUUGGACGUGAACCCUCACAAUAUCAUGUUCCAAUCAAAACGCAACUGGAUCGCCAAACUCGUCGAUUUCGGAAGCGCUCAGGUAAAUUUUGAUAGUUGCAAAGAAGCUUCUUAAGUAAAAUGAUUGGCGGCUGUUUUGGAACAGCUUAUGUGCUCUGUUGAGAAUUUUAGCUCUUUGGAAGGCUUUUAGGCAUUUUAGGAUCAGAAUGAAGUUUUUCAGUUUGUUAGUAUCUUCGAACCAUUCUUCAAGUUUUGAUAUCACUUCAGAAGGUCGACGGGUCGGUGAAACCCAAGGAGUUCGACGUGAAAUGGGCGGCUCCCGAGAUGCACGUCUCCGAGACGCCGGUCACCGUCCAGAGCGACGUCUGGGGCAUGGGCGUCGUCACUUUCUGCUUGUUCGUUUCAUUUCGCAUUAUUUUUCAUGAUUUUUUUAAAAAAAGAAAAAUUUGAAAUUUUUAUGUCAUUUGGAAAUAUAUGCCGACUAGGUCGAUUUAUAAAUAUUUUUUUGUCUUCUUUAGAAAUGAUAAAAUUACAUAGAAAACCACUUAUGUAGGAUCAUUUGAGUGAGGGAAAAGUUUGGGAAGUCAGGCCGCGGCUGUUUUUUCCUUGUUUGGAAAGUUAGGUCGUGGCUGUUUUUUCCUUAUUUGGAAAGUUAGACCUCGGCUGUUUUUUCCUUCUUUGGAAAGUUAGGCCGUGGCUGUUUUUUUUCUUCUUUGGAACGUUAAGCCGUGGCUGUUUUUUUUUCUUCUUUGGAAAGUUAGGUCGCCUUGCAUGAUUUUUGAAAUUAGGAAACGUUUGAGACUCCCAUUGGUCGACAGAAAAAUUCAAAAAAUCAGAUAUAUUCUGAAAUUAGAUAAUAGGUUAAGCUGGGAAGUUAGGCCACGGCUGUUUCUUCCUCAUUUGGAAAGUUAGGCCGUGAUCUUCGAUAGUUUCAUUGAUGAACAGAAAAAAUCAUAGAAACAAGGAAUUCAUGUACUUUUACAACUACGUCGUUGGAUAAGAGCGUUUUUGUGGUCUAAAAGUUUUUCAAGAUUACUUUACCCUUUCAGAGGGUCAUUAAAAGUUCUUUGAAUUCUGUUGGGUGCUGCGAAAAGUUUGUUUCACUUUUCUGGAAUAAGCUUCCAAAUUUCAUCCUUCAGACUCGGCGGCUUCCAUCCGUUCACGUCAGAGUACGACCGGGAAGACGAGGUCAAAGACAACGUGAUCAACGUCAAAUGCGACCCGAACCUCAUUCCCGUCAACGCCUCCCAGGAAUCCCUCAGUUUCGUCACCUGGGCACUCAAAAAGUCUCCUGUGUUAGUUAUUUUCGUAUUUUUUCUAUAGGAAAAGUUUUUUUAGUCGAAAAAAUACACGUAAAUUGGUUAUUUUUUGAUUUUUUUUUUUGGUCUAAUCCUUUGAAAUUCAAGUUUUUUCGCUGAAAAUUAGAGUGUCCGCACUUUAAAAACGUUCGAAAAGCCCUUCGAAACUUCAAAGUCUACCAGAAUUCCUCACUUUCUGAUAUAAGGAUGACUUAAAUAAAUGGCAAAAAAGUUUCUGCGUUCGGGGGGAAUCGAACCCCCGUCGAAUGCUUGGAAGGCAUCCAUGCUGACCAUUACACCACGAACGCUGAUGCGAUUCCUGGCGCCGGAUUCGGAGAUAUUGCCUCCAAUGGAUCUUGUAAAUGAAGGGGACAGGCGAAAUUUUGCUAAUUUUUAAGAUUUUAUUCAUUUUUAUUCUCAGAAUAUGUACAUGGACGCAUUUGAAAAAAAGCAAAUUCCAGAUUUGGCCAGGAUUUGAUUGAUUUUUAGAAUAAUUAAACUUUAAUUUCGGAGCAUUUUAAGGACAAUAAGUUUCUUAAGAAUGAAAUUUAACAACUUUUUUUAUAGUUUACAGUUUGACCUUUCGACCUUAAUAAAUGCGAUUUUUCAGUCGUAGAAUGCGAACGGAUGAAGCCCUGUCCCACAAAUUCCUCUCCUCAGACCCUUCAAUGGUCCGUCGACGUGAAGCUAUCAAGUUGGUUUUGAAUAAAUAUUUUCAGAGUUUAGAGAAUCUUCAAUAGUACAAAAUCAUUGAGAAAAAGUUAUUUUAUCAAGAAAAAAAAAUCGAAAUUCCCUUCACUUUUUUUUUCCAUCUCAAUAGGAUUCUUAAUGAAUUUUCACGACUUUUCUAUUUUUUUAACAAUAAAACGGCCAAAACUUCUCAGAUACGCCUCGUCGAGACUCCGGAAAAUGGCGGCGAUGACCCGUCAACACCAAAUCGGACGGCCCGUCAGUAAUGAGCUCGAAAAUCGAUUCGGAGCCAAGUAACUAACGCAAUUUCAUGUGAAUAUUGACCAAAACAUUGAAUUUUUUCCCCGCUAAUAUUGACUCUAUUGCAAUUUUUGUGCUGAAAACCCGAGUGCCCAAGGAUUUUCUUCACACUUUUUUGAACCAAAACUCCCUUUCCUCGGAAAAAGUGCCCAUUUUCUGAGGAUUUCCAACUUCGAACGAUUCAUUUUCUGUGUGUUUACGUGUAGGAAAUCAUUUCUAGUUGUAAUUUUUUGCACAUUUUCAUGCUUUAACCAAUGCAAAAUCCACCGAGAUCGGGGGGUCAAAGUGGACUUUUUUUUUUAAUUUUUCGGUUGGCACCGGCCUUGCUUUGUUUCAUUGUUCAGCCACGUUUUUGAAUGAAUCCAUUUUUUUCAAUGUUUGGAAAAACGUGAAAUUUCAAGCAGUCCCUUAAGGGAUUUUUCACUCGGAUAGCCCUUCAAUACCUUCGAAGCCAAAAAGCUGAGAAAUGGCGAGUUCCUUUCAUUUUCUUCCUUCCUGUUUAUGUAUUUUGCAGAGAUCAACGUCGGCAACAUGACCAAGGAGUUACUAAAAACCGAGGAAAUGGAAUUUGGUAGGAGCUAAGCUACGAGAACAAUGGGUGAGCUUAAGAAUUCAUUUACAAAAUACAUUCUCAACUUUUUAUAACGGAACUAUGAUUAUCAUGAAAAACCACUAAUCAUUGUUGAAAAUUAACUUUAGUGCUAGAAAAUGCAUAAGGAUAAUCAUAAAACCUAUUUGCCUCCGGUAUUUCUACAGCUUGCUCGGACCUUGGUAACGCGAACGGGACGCGAAUCGGACGUGUCAGGGGCAUUUCUAGUGACCACUUUAGUAGCCUUAACGCUCUUAAAUGAUCCCUUGAAUCGCCCAGAAACGUCCGGAGCACGUCCGUUUCGCGUUACCAAUGUCCUAGUGCCUCACGUAAUUCGACAAGAGAUUUAUCAUUAGGGCGCGCUUUCUCACACCUUUUGAUUUAAUUUUUUCUUCUUCUUUCUUUUCAGACAUUGGUAACGCGAAACGGACGUGCUCCGAACGUUUCUGAGCAAUUCUAGGGGUCACUUAAAAAUGAUGACGCUACUAAAGGGAUCACUAGAAAUGCUCCGACAUGUUUCAUUCGCGUUACCAAUGUCCGAAUAUUUUUUUUUCUUUUUGGGAGUUUUUCAUGUCCUUUUUGAAAGGAUUCCGCGAAAUUCAAAAUAGCGGUCAGACAGUGAAAAAAAAACUCAAUUUCGGAAAGUCGAAGAAAAAAUAAAAUAGAAUUUCCUGGCGUUAUCUUUUUUCAUACUUCAUGUCUUCUCGAUUUCUGCAUUCUAUAUUCACUGGGCUAUUUUUUUCCCCUUCAGAAAAUUUUCCUUUAACGCAAAGUUUCACAUUUUUUUCUGGCGAGUUUUUUUUUUCAGUGACGAUUUUGCUAGGUAAAAAAACAAAUUUCAUUCUCUGCAAAAAAUAAAACGUGAACCCCGAUCGAAAAAAAUUAGCACGUACAAAAACCACGUGACAACGUUUCAUUUCAUUUUUAUGACCUGAUUUAUAAAAUCAUUUUCGCUUCCUUCACGAGUCGUCAUGCUCCAGAAUUUAACGUCAAGAUUAGUUUUAAGUCUCCAUAAAACUUGUAGUUCCCAAAAUAAGUUUCUGACUCGUAAGCGCUAGUAGACUAGGCCCGCGGGACUCCCGGAGUGCCGAUCCUCUUCGCUUGCGAAUUGGAUACGCAAAGUCACGCCGAAACCCAUUCCGGUGGCCGAAGCACAAACUGUUGGCAGCGCGAUGCUGACAAAGCGAUGAUGGGACCCCCGCGGAAAAUGCCGUCCCGGCCUUCGGCGUCUAGGAUAGUUCUGACAAGGCCGAGCGGAGCUCUAGCGCACCGCCUAGGUAGUUCUCCUGACUGGAUCAAGCUUCCCUAACUAACUAACGAUUUUACAUAGCUAAUUAGUUAAAAAAUUGCGAUUUAAAUAAUCCAACCACUUGUUUUUUUCAAUGUUGAAAUUAUUGCAGAAGAACUUGUUGGGAUCAGUCCAUCCAAUUCGACGACGCUAGGCCCAUGACGGACGGCGUUCGAUCAACUGCUCGACCGGCUGGACAAUACCAGGUAUCAGCCCAAUGCUCUAAAAAGCAGCUGAGGGCUUUUUCUGUGUUAAUAUGCAAAGGAGAGAAGAAAAAAAAGAAUUCACGAUGACUGGAAUCGCUUUUCAUUAGUACAAAAAUGAAACUAUCGUUUAUUUAAAAAUGAUUGACUCCUGUUAAAAGCAGAGCUCCUAUUUUUUCAUAUUCAUGAGCACAAAAGAUAAAAAAAAUCCUUUGAAAACUCGAUUUUUUAUUUCUCCAGAGUACUGUAUCCCUCCCGCCUGUGAACACCACGUGA